GGUAGCGCCGGGGAAUUUGCGCCGAGGCGGAAGCGCUGCAGAGAAUCUGUCCAAUUUCGUGAGGAAUUUUUAAACUUCUAGCUGUUUUCAUCAAUCUUGCAGUCAUGGGUUGAUUCAAUCUUCUCACCAAGCGUUUCCUUAUGCCGAGCUGUGCCGAGAUCAAAGCAAAGAUGGUUUGCACUUGGCUGCAUCCGUUGUGCAGAAUUCUUGAAUUUUAGGUAAGCUCAAUUAAGCUGAUUGAAUUUAUAAUCUAACUUUCUUCCUUUGAUUUCACAAGGCCUCUCCGUUGUUUUUACGUUCGAGAAGAAAUCUGGAACUCAUCAGUGUUCUAUUAGUCCCUAAGGUAUCUGCAAACAAUGAUCUUUCUGUAGUCGAGAGCACGAAGACAGAUCGCGUGACUCUAAAAGAGUGUGUUGGAAUGCGUUUUGUAAAUUACUUCAGAAGUAGCCAGACGUAAAACAGCUUCUACCUUAGGGUUUGCGGGCACUUGCUUUAUAGCAGUCAUUUUGAUUUUUCCCUUCGAAAUGGCCUUACAUUAAAGAGAUUUACAAUCACGUUUACAUGUGGUAAUAUAUAGAUUUAGCCAGGGCUAAAAGCUAUUGACUGGAAUUUAUAAUUUAAAUCAAACAAUGAACUUGUAUUCCACAAUUCAGUUAACUUUAGAGCACAUUCAUGUGGCUUUUGAGGGAAAGGUUAAGUGAUUUUAGAGAAAAAUAAUUUGCAAACAGUCCAGCUAAGAGUGAACUUAAUCUUACAUCGAGUAGAUAGCCUUAUAGUGUACACCCAAAAAAUAGCAAUCAUCUUUGAUCACAUUUGAGAGCGAUAAAGGCUCUUGAUCUCAGUAGAUUAGGCCUGGAAAACAAAUCAGGCCGAAUUUUUUGUUUACUUUACAAAAUCUUGCCAACAAGUCUGGGACGUGUAAACCAACCUUUUAUACUUUUUAUACAUCCCAUCUGAGGUGAAACGGUACCAUGAGGCAUAGGCGUACGGGCUAUUUUUUGUCAGGGGGGGCGGUAAACCAUUUGCCCAAAACAGCCGAACAGAAAUUAGGGCAGAUGCAACAACAUAGGCCGUACUGGCAUAUGAAAAUGGCUCGAUACAGUUUUUCACGGUCAAUACCUGCCAAGUUUGAGCAUAAACUACGUCGCCAUAAACAAACAUUUGUAAAAAUUGCCACCACAGUUGUAUUAGAUAAAUAUGAAAUUUGUUGUGAUCAGGGUUGCAAUGACAUCAGAGUUGUCAUAGCAACGAAAUAAAGGCAUUACCUAUUACACUUGCAGCAAUAUUUCUCUGUGAGAACUGUUCUUCUAAAAUCGGUCACAGGAGCUUUUUCCUCCCAUAGACGCCUCAAUGUUCGUGAAGUUAAAACGGAAUCUGUAAGAGCGUUAUCGAGUCAUUUUGGGAUAAAGUUUUUUAUUGUUGGAAAUACGGUACAAAAAAGGAAAAUCCUGAUGUUUGGCCGUUAUCUGUAGAAAACGAUGCGCUUUUGACAUGCAAUUUCACCUCAUAGUAGUUUCAAUCUUUUUAAAAACGUGGGUGAAAGAUCAUGGAGAUAGCUUCAGCCAAUUGCUACAAGGAAGGAUUUGAUUAGUAUGUAGCAUGGCGCUCUUGUUAGCGGUUUUUUAAACAUUUCAGUCUACUGCUAGCUGUAACAAAUUAGUGAAUAAUUUUUAAACCGCUCAAUAGAGUUUUUUGAAAAAAUUAAGAUUCUUCUCGCAUUUCAAACUGUGAAUUAGUCAGCCACUUCUUCAGUUUUGGACCCAUUGCUGAUGCUAUCUGCCAUACACUGUUCUACGAGCGGAGAUGAUUCUAGAAAGUUAGGCGGAAGUUUAUUGUAAUAAAUUCACAAGUGGAAAUAGCCCAUUGCAGUACAGUGCCCAACAAUAAAAAAAAUCAGUAUAUGAUACCUCUCCCUUAUAGCCAGAAACUUGUCACCUGCUAGGCCCCCACUGGAUUAUAACGCCGACUUCAGGUUAAAAUAGAAAAUAUUUAUCUCUUCAAAAUAAUAAUAAAAACAUAGGGACGUCUUUAAAAACUGGCUUUGCCCAAAUUUUCCCGUGUUGCCCAAAAAGUCUGAGUUGCCCAAAAUUUGGGGGGGCUGCAGCCCCCCUCGCCCCCCCGGCCCGUACACCUAUGCCAUGAGGUGCUGUUUUUAUCAUACAGACCUCGGACAGAAUGCAGUAUUUCACGAUUUUGCGAUACAAAUAUUGCACUCAUUCAAUAUUCAGGACGAUCGAAGCACGCGUGGGCUUUUAGCAAAACCGUUAAAAAAAUUUCCAGAAUCACCUAUACGGCUAGCCGGCUGUCACUUAACAAGCUCCAAAGUUGACUGUUUAAAUUAAGAUUAAUAGAGUUGUACACUUUUAACAAGCGCCAAAUUUGACUGUUUAAAUUAAGAUUAAUAGAGUUGUACACUUCAACAUAAUUAAGAAUUUAUUAUGUUUAUUUUUUAUUUAAUGGUUUUACAACGAUGUGUAAUCUUCAAAAGCAUUUGAUACACGCAGCAUUUUGACUACUGCAAGCGCCAAAGUUGACUGUUUAAAUUAAGAUUAAUAGAGUUGUACACUUCAACAUAAUUAAGAAUUUAUUAUGUUUAUUUUUUAUUUAAUGGUUUUACAACGAUGUGUAAUCUUCAAUAGCGUUUGAUACGCGCAGCAUUUUGACUACUGCAUGCAAGCGAUGUUUAUGAGCGACUGAUGACAAACGGCACAGCGAUUAACAUUGCAACAGAGACUACUAACAAUCAAUAAAAGGAAAAUAAUUCGGUGAAACAUAUACAGAGACAACAAUUUUCAUUCACGAAGACAAGUAUUAAAGUGUCUCUGAAAAUCCUUGUUUAUGUUUUAAGCCGGCUUUCCGGUUAUUGCUUUCUUCAAAGAUGAACUCGAGGCAAGAAAAUCGCUCAAAGCUUUCUUUUACAGCCAGAAUUAUAACUAAAUAUUCUUUGGAACGUCUUCUUUCUAUUUGUGGUGGGAAAAUGUCUAAAGGCUUUUUAAAGUUCUUAAUAAGCUUAUAAUCAAACCUGAUACUCGGUUCGAUCAUUGUCUCAAAUCUUACAAACGUGCAUAAACUAAACAGCCAAAUAAACUACGCUCGACUUCAUUAAAUUAGAUAUAAAAAACAAACAUCAAAUACAACAAUUUUCCUAAGCUUACCAUUCGAGAUGCGCUGAAAGCUACCAAGUAAGGCCAGAAUCACUUCAGACUUUUCAACCCUCUUACGCAUCAAGCAAGGUGAAAAACGAAAACGAUGCCAUCCGAAAUCGGAUUUUGGACUUUGACAAUCAACGUAUUUCUCAACCAAAAACCCAAUAAACAAACUAGCCAUGAAUAACAGAAGACUCUUGAUAGCAGCUGAAUUUCAUUUCGUACAUUCAGUGGAAAAAGACAGUUAAAAACAAUCAUCAUAAGUUGACACAAAACUCUGUCAGCUUCAGCUGUCAAAGUAAACAAGUUUCAAGAUGCUGCAUAAAUUUUCCGCAUGAACUCACCUGUCAAAUUUUGACCAAUCUGAGCAUAAAAAUUUGGACGUAGAGCGUGACCAACGCAUGACCUUGGUGAGAAAAGUCAAAAGCAACUGGCAUGUCUUCCCUGCCUGUAAAAACUGGCUGAAUUUUAGCUUCCGAGGUCAGUUUUAAAUCAAAAUUUUAAUUAUGCAGUGCAUAUAAAACCGCAUAUUUCAUAUGCAUUAAAAAAAAUUAAUCCUGAGCCUGCGAUCAGUUGAAAACUAGUAACUUGUCAGCGGAUAACUUCAAAAAGAUACUAGACCCAAGAUGGGUCGACACCUGAGCCCGCGAUACGGUCAGAUGAUACUGGUCAGUGGAUACCCUCUUUUGACAGCUGUCAAUUGAUCACAACAUUGAUCUGCAAUAUGUGUGCAAUAUCAGUCUUCCUGUGCUCCCAAACUGGCUAGAAAGUGUGAGAUUGAACAUUGGUUUCCCUGUGGUUCGGACGGACGGGCGGGCGGUGUACGGUCACGUGAUUACCAAAUUUUCUGGGAUGGGUAGAUUUACUUACCCAUGGUGCUCUGCAGGCGCGCUUCGCGCGCUAGAGCUCCGCGAUAAUGGAUUACGUCCUUGAAAAACGUACUGUAGUCGAUUAAUAAAGGUAAAUCAAUACAUUUAGCUGUCAGUAAGCUGUAUAUUAGACUGUAUGAUUGUAAUCCGCGAUCAAAGUUCGCCUGAAAGUCUUGCAAAAACCACAGCACACCUUGCUUAGCUUCCUUAACAACAUAGAACUUUAUCACAGUACAGAGUAACUGUUGAAUGUAAAUCGUUAAUGGAACAGACAAAUAUUAUUCACAAUUAUUAAGAUUAAGCAGACACCCUCUAUAAGUGGACACCUGGCUAUGGGAAGGUCCUGAAGGUGUCUGAUUAAUAGAGGUUUCACUGUAAUUUUGUUUCCCUUGAAUCGUGAAACAAGAUAACCUGUUUCCCUUUGGACCAGUCAUUAAGUGUUUAAUGUUUUCCACUACUCAGCCAUACUCUAGCUUGGUUUUCAUAGAAACAUUUCCCAUGGAAACACGCCUAGUUAAUGGGGCUAAUGGAUUAACUGUGAGCAUUUGUCCGUGAACUUUUGCAUCUUUCACUUCUAAAAUGGCUUUUUCCUUUACAAAGUUUGUAUUGUAAUAGCUCCCUUACCACAAAAAACCAGAAAAAUACUAGCCAUGAAAUAUGACCCACUUUCUGAUGCAGCCACCGCAUAAACUGGCCAAUCACCCCUAGAAACUGUACUGAAAAUUGCUGGGUGUGGUCAUGUACAAUCGGUGUGAAGUAAAAGAAUAUGACAUUUCAUCACAGAUACAUGCUCUAAGUUGAACCCAUUCACCUGUGGAAAUCUUUAAGGAAUGUGGAUCUGUAAUGUGUGGUUGUGGGUGGCUGGUUCAGUUGUGAAUGUGUUAAUGCUGCAAAAUCCCAUGGCCUGUUGGAGGACCUAUCAAUGGAUUCCUCUAUUAUAAACUAAAAUUAAUUGCAGAAUCGUGGGCUCAUUCAAAUACAACUAAUAAAUUACUCAUUUCCUCAAAAAAGCACCCAGAUGCUUGUUAAAAAUUUCUGCUCAAGGAGGGGGCACUUAUUGGUCACUCAAAUUAAGUUUUCCAUUUAAUGAAUUGUAACUUUAUUUUAGCUACAUUUUUAAUAGAAAUUAAGGUAAAUUACAUUAUCCAUAUACUGUAAAUCCUCUAUUAGCCUCCUCUCUAAUAUCCCCCUCCUUUUUCAGGGGAAGAGACCCCCUCUCUUUUAAGCCCCCUCGCCCGUCAACCUUACUAUUCUUCACAAAUAAAUCAAUCACUGUAAAAUGUCAUUUGGACUGAUCUGGGAUAGUAUAAUUAUUUUUUUUUUACCCUUGGCACUUCAUGGCCUUCUGAUCCAGAUGCAAAAUAUUCAGCUUGCUAAGUUCAGGCAUGCACAGAAAGCAAAAUUUGGAGAUUUUGGGGUUUAAAAGUGACACAGCAGUCUUGACUGUACUUUUACUUUUCUUUUUCUCUCCUCUCCUCUUUUUUUGCUUUUCUUGCCUCAUUUUUUCUUUCUCUUGCUGGGCAUUUAUUGGGCUUCAUUUUGGUGGCAAAGGUUGUUAGGAAAACUUUUAGGAUCAUAGGAUUAGAUAAAAGGAAAGGUAGGUGGGUAGUGGAACAAAGUUUUCAUGGACAUUUUCAGGUCAAUGUUACAUGGUUUUUUGCCUUUUUCUCUGGUGUCCUUGACUGAAUUGUGCUCAUUCUGGUAUGGUGUGAUCUCUUCACUCUGCACAAGUUGGCUGACAAAGUUGUCCUUGACUGGUAAAACGGAUGAUGUCAAAAGCGGUAGAAAGCAUGUGGACUGGCAUGGUCGGCUACAGGCGGCUCAGGGGUGAAUGGGUUAAGCUUUUCCAUUUAUAGAGGAUUUAUGGUAAACAUUUAGUCAAUAUUAUUGCCAUUCAUCUGUUAAAACAGUGGUUUGUAAUUAAGUGACAGUCCAUAUAGGCUCAUUACACACGUUUACACGUGUAAAUGGUUUGCAUGUUUAUUAUCUCAUUAUAGUCAUCUUGAAUAAUUAUUGAUUCUCAUAAAGAGAAGUGGAUGUAGAAACAUGUUUUCUUGUAUCCCUACAUUAAGAAAGUGAAGGGGGGCGGGGGGGGGGAAAGGUGGGGCUUAUUCAAGAGUGGCGCUUAUUUGAUAUUAUGGCCUUCAAGGUGGGCACCUUUUUUAGGGAGGCCGCUUAUCAGAGCAUGAGCUGCAGUAAUUGCUUAAAAUGUGGCAAAGUGAAUAUCAAAGUCCUGCACAUGAUACAAGCCUGAAGCUACAAACCGUAACUGAAUUAAAGUAACUCAAGGAAGGUGUUAAAAAUACAAAUGGAAAAAGGAUUAUCACUUUAUUUUUCCCUGUCAAAAUCCUGUAGACUGUCACAUUUGCAAAGCGCACGAAUUAAAUGCUCUGCUACAGUAUAUGUAUGUUACAUGUAUGUCUUUGCUGGGCUUGGGGGGAGGUUUACGAAUGACCGUACCAUCACCAGUUCAAAAGUAAUGUGUAAUAAAAAUUAUACGUAACUGGAUAUCUGCCCUUUGUCUUGACACAUUGCCCUUGAUUUUAUUAUGAAGGUUCCUGCUACCAGUCAGUUCAAAUCUUAUGAUGUGUGGGUUUCAGAGAUCAAGCAUCCAUGUACCAAGCUUUGGUAAGACAUUUUGCAUUAUUUCAUACUUUGCCACAAUUAUCACAGUUUUAUUAGUGCAGAAAAAUGUAUAGUCUUAUAAUAUCUGUUAUGGACUAGCGUCUCAACGAGGCGAGCGCAUGAUAAAGAAGCAUGUUUUUAAUGAGUCCCAGAUGUGUGAUGUAAUACACUACAUAACAUCUUCCUUCCAAGAAAAGGGAUGCAUUCGUAGUUAACUUCUGAAAACUAGCAAAACUUUCGGCAAAAAGGAUUCUUGGGAUGAAUCAAAUGUUCUUUGAACUUCAAAUGUUCCUUUGAACUUGCACUGAAAAAAAAAAAAAAAGAACAAAACGAAGUGUAACUUGAUAAGUCAGUCCUAUUCUUAAAGUUCUCACUGAACAAAGUCCUUAAACAGGUUGUUGGGCUUGACAAUAAAUUCAUCCAGAUCUGGUCUGGGUCACGUUGCUGCUAGCUGGAGGUGUCACAGUAUUGCUCGACGUAGGUGUUGCUGGGACUUUCCUGAGUAAUGGCUGAUUGCUAGCUGGGUCGUGAUCAUUGUUAGCAGGUUUGUUCUCAAACAGACCUGGGGUCUGAGCCGGGUCAGGUUCUUGAACAGGCAGACUGUCUGUCUGGGACUGGACAGCAUCACGUAGGUGGACACUGUGUCUGCAAUAGGUAUGUCCAUUCACUUCCACCAGGUAACUCCAAGGGGCUAAAUUCUCUAGGAUAACUCCAGGCUUCCAAUCGCUGUGGGGUUGUUGAGGUUGUGCCUUGACUUGGACUGGCUGUCCAAUUACUAGACUAUAGGUAGCUGUUUGGCACUUUGGUCAUGGUAGUGCGUCCUUGGCGAGUUGUCUCUUGCACAUCACUUGAGCUGUUACAGCAGACUGGACUUCAGGCUUGUACAGUGAUUCCUUGCACAGGUUAGUCUCUUCAACUUCUUUGCAAAAACUCUCUUCUCGGCUGACUUGAAAAAUCAGGAACUCAGGUGAGUCUGGUUUGGCAUGACGCAAGGGGAGAGCAACUCUGGAGAGAGUGUCUCUUAUGAACAUUUGAGGGCCAGGCUUGUACGAUACCUUUAGUGGGUACUUCUGUAGUCAGAGUCUCAUCCUUUGAAGGCAUUUGGGGCUUGUGAGGAUUGGUUUUGAAAAGAUUGUCAUAAGAGGACAGUGUCUUGGACAGUGUCUUUUCCCAGAAUUUAAUGCUCAAAUCAUUUAGCAACAAAGACAAUUGCUAAACAUUGUUUUUCGAUCUGCGGAUAGUUUCUUUCUGUCUGAGUUAGUGCAUGAGAAUCAUAAGCAACUGGUUGUCCAUCCUGGGUGAGGACAGCACCAAGGCCGACGUCAGAGCUGUCGCACUUGAUGGUGACUUCUUUGCUGACAUCAAAAUAACGCAAAACAGGUGCUUGAGUGAUUAGUUCCUUAAUGCUGACAAAGGCAUCUUCAUGUUGAGGUAACCAAUCAAAGACGGAAUUGCUUUCUUUUAGGUGAAGGAGGGGUUCGCAUAUGGUGCUGAGCUGUGGUACGAACUUGGAAAGGUAGGUAACUACUCCUAUCAGCCUUUGAACUCCAUGUAUGUCUGUUGGACGGGGCAUGUUCUGUAUGGCUUGGAUCUUCUCUAGGUCAGGUUGAAGACCUUCUGAUCCUAGUAUGUAGCCCAUGUAGGCUACUUUGCUGAGCUUGAAGCGUAAUUUCUUUUUGUUCAGCUUAGCUUGGGUGCGAUAUCCUCCACAGUGGGCAUGGUUUCUGGCAAUGUCUUUAUUUAAAUGUAGAGGGUCUUGAGACACAGUCUGAGUUUGUUCAGCUUUCUCACUGCAACCAUAUUAUUGAUCCAGGGGUUGGUUUUGUAACUUUUGCAAUAACGCCCAAGGUCUCGAGCUCUUCAAUCUUGGUUCUAAGCUCAUCUUUAACUGGAAUAGGCACGCGUCUUGGAUUUUCUUGAACGGGCUUGACAUUAGGGUCCAAAUCUACAUGAUAAGUACCAGGUAGCUUGCCAAGACCAGUAAAAACAUCACGAUUGUUAUGAAGGAUUUUGUCUUGAGUUAGUGACUCAUCGCUAGUAAGGUCAACAUGCAGGAUACAUUCUUCAUUGAAGUGAAUAAGCUUCAGGGCUUCAGAGGCUCUUCCUGAAAGUAGAGAAGUGGAUGCAUAUUCAACAAGUGGACUUUCUUUCUCACACCAUUAGCUGUACAGUAGAGUUUCGUGCUACCUAUGGGUUGUAUCAGGGACUGAUCAUACAACUUGAACUUGACAUUGGACUUUUCCGGCAUUUCGUAAGUGAUUUUCUUGUAAUCCUUUAAAGUGAUGGUGCUACACGAGGCUCCUGUGUCAACCUGAAAUUUGAUUGGAAUGUUGUUUUCGGUUUUGUUCACUGUCACGAGAAUUUCUGUAAUGUACUGCUUCCUUUGUCUAGGAGAUUGCAGGGAGUAGAUGCUUUCGUUGCCUGUCAGGUUCAUCUGAUGCACCAUUUUCAUUCAACUAAUUUACUCGCUGGUGCUCAUCUUUAGAUUUCUUCUUUGGUUUCUCAUUACUGUGUUUGGGGGUGGGGUGAAAGACUUUUGCAAGAUGAUUUUUUUGUUGCAUUUAAAUUAGUGAAUGUUUUGCCAAAGGCUGGGCAGUUUCCAGCUGUGUGGGAGUCUCUGCAAUAUUUGCAGUUUUUGAUCUUGCGUGGAUUCUUGCGUGGAUCCGCAUGGCGGGUGCGAGUUUCGUUCCCGUGGACAAGAUGAACAGUGUCAGUUUGUUCCAUUUUGAGUCGUUGACUUGCUGCCAUUUCAUUUGUACGACAAAUAUCGAUGGCUUUUUGAAGAGUAAGUGUACUUUUCCGUAGGAGACAUUCGCGGUGUUCAUGAUCUCGCAAACCAGUGAUGACGCGGUCACGAAGCAUUUCAUCUUCAAAUGUACCGAACUGGCACGUAGCCACAAAUUUGCGAGUUCAGUCAAGAACUGAUCAAAGCUUUCACCAGGUUUCUGAGAAUGACAGUUGAAUACAUACCAUUCAUAAAUUGUAUUAAAAUUUUGUUUAGGCACAAAAUAUUCGUCAAGCUUUGUGAGGAUAACAUCAGCAUCUUGUCUUUCUUCUUCGGUCAUAGGGAGAUUUCUGCAGACAUGAAGGCAUUCUUUACCCAUGAUCGAUAAUAAUGUGCUGCGACUAUUUUCUUGUCUUUCUGAUCCAGUUUGGUAGCAGUAGCAUAAUUCUUCCAGCUGUCUUUGAAGAAUUCCCAAUUUGAGGCUUGAUCUCCUAUCAUAUACAUUUUUGACGGCAGAGGGAUCAUGAAUUGAGACAUGUUUUUAAUUUACACAUACAGUGGUAAACAGUUCUGACUUCAAAGUGGUGUGAGCGUGAAUUCGUCGGUGAUGAGGUCUUCACAGCGUAUUUGUGUGAUACCUUUGGUGAAUGUCUUGAUUUUCAGUGCCUAUUUGCUUUGGCUUGAGCGAUGUUCGGCUGAAAAUCCCUCUUCAAGACACCAUAUUAUGGACUAGCGUCUUAACAAGGCGAGCACAUGGUAAACAAGCAUGUUUUUAAUGAGUCCCAGAUGUGUGAUGUAAUACACUACAUAACAAUAUCAGAAUUCCCUGGAGUGGUGGGGGUAGGGGUGAUACUCCUUCAGAUCUUCAUCCUGUUUAAGAUUAGAAACCUCAUUUCAUGACUAUGAUUUGACAUUAGGAAAAAAAAAAAAAAAACAUAUGGUACCACACAUGUAGGCCUGGCAUGGAACCUAAAUUAGUGAAAUUGUAUUUCCUGUUACAAGUUAAGACCCCCGAAAUCUGCCCUACCCUUUUUGGUGGCACAUACUAGUGUAAACUAAAUAAGGGACUGCCCAACCCCUGGGGGUACACCUUGGUAUCAUCCAGACAGCAGAGUCCAGGAUUCCCUUCCUUCUGUCAGCAUACCCCUGGGAUAAAUACUCAUGCAGGAUAGCAUAAUUAAUGCUAAAGAGGUUGGGAAAUUUUGAGACUAGGGAUGCUUUCCAUUCAGCCAAAAAUUCCAGAAGUUUCGGAGGAAAUCAAAUGGACUUGACCAUUUUAGUUUGGCCUGGUCAGAAUAUUAAGGUGGUCCCUUAUGACUGGUCCUGCUUGUUGGACUGAAAUGUCCCUUUCCAUUUUACAAAUUUGUUGUCUCCACUUCUGUUUUUUUGUAUUCUGGUUACAACAUGACAGUACAACAACCAAAUGUGUGGUGGCUUUGGUUGGAUCUGUAAAACUGGAGUGUACUCUUUCAUUGGGCACAUAGAAUUUACGAAAUUUCAAAUUGAAAUAUAUAUAUUAUUUGUUGAAUGGAAGGUGCCCCAGAUACAGAGUAUGAUUGGUAAUUGGUGUUUAUCUGCAGUGUCUUGGGUUGGCAAGAGGUUUUAAUUAUAUCCAAAAUUCUCAAAAAUACACCAUUAAAAGGAAUCAUAUUGUUUAUUUACUUAAGUAAUAAGAGUUACACCAGUCCAAAGUGCCACUUAUCAAUUCAUUUUUAUCUAAAUGUAAAGUUAUGUACCUCAUUGCUGUUAUCUACCCCAAAACGCAGACCUCAUAGCUGUAAUUAUAACAAAGAAAGACAACAGUAUAUCUAUUUUUGUUUUGGGGCAAAAUUUGCUCUAGUUUGAUUCAUAAUUUCCUUUGUUCUUAGCUCUAAUAUUUAAGGAGACUGUUCUGGUUUAACAUGAGAACAGAUUUUAUCUAUAACUUUUUCAGAUUUGGCUUAAUUUGCCUGUAUUUGGACUGAAAUGAAGGAUGUUGAAUACAAUAAUGCAUGUGAAUUACCCAAUUGAUUCCUAGAGAGAAAGAGCAGACUGGACUAUUCCCAAAAUUAAACUCCCACAAAAUUUUAGUGUUAAAUUGCACUAGAUAACAUUGCACCAAUAUUUACAGUGUGCAUGCACUUUUUUAAUUUUUCUAUUGUAGUGUUCAUGUCUGCAGUGUUAAAGGAUUUUUAGGAUUCCUGUGAUGUCCAGGCUGAAGGAGGUAAGUUGGAAAAUUGAUCAUCUGUUAGUUGUGAAUAGUGUUUGUCUAGUCAAUCUCAAGUUGUAAGAUUAGAUUUGAGGUUUUGAGAAGGUUUUCGAAAUGUUGGUGGAGGGAUGGUGAUGACAUCAGACUCUAGAUCAGGGGUGGGGGGGGGGGGUCGGAUUUAAGCCCUCCCUGUUCAAUCACUUGAUUUUCUCUGACGAGAAACGUUUUUUUACAUUACACCCCCCCCCGGCCCAACACACACAAAGGUCCUUUUUUGUGUUAAGUAGAAACAUACUGGUGGGCAAUGCUGUGAUGGACUAGCAUUCCAUCCAGGGAGGGGUGGUAGGGUGGUGGGUGAAGUUGUAAUAUUCACUCCAUGGUGCUUCCAGCCAAGAUAAGCUCUCACUGUGCAGGCCCUCUGGCUUGUUUUAAAUACCUCUUCCAUCCAUGGAGGGAGGGGGUGGAGUUGUAAUAAUUAUUUAUUUCUUGGUGCUUCAUGCUUCCCUGCUGUGCAGGCCCUCUGGCUUGUAUAAGUACCUCUUUUGGAAUGUUGAGUUAGUGAACCACAAAGGUCAAUGAUCUAUGAUCCUUACCUCUCAGCAGUUAUAAAAAAGUUAGUAAAGUACUUCAUUUCAGCCAAAUUUACCCAAAAAACAAUGCUUGAGUCUCCUAACUUACAUGUAAUUCCGGUUUGUAUGAACUUAUUAAGGCGUCUUUUAAGGAAAUCCUUUAGUAAAUUUAUAAUGUUACUUUUCUUUUAGGAUUUGUCAUCCUUUCCAAGCACAGCCUCCGCAUCACAGGAAGACCAUGAAAACAAUUCAGGAUCCACGACCUCCAGGAAAUUGAAAGUUACUCUGUUAAGCAGUGAAUGGAGAUCAACAAAAGGAGGCUUGUCGACCAUCAACCGAGAGCUGGCCAUUCAGUUGGCGAAACACCCCAGCGUGGAGGUCAGUGUUUAUCUCCCUCAGUGCAGCGAAGAGGAUAAACGAGUCUCUGCAAGUCACAAUGUACAGCUUAUUGAAGCAGAAGAAAUGCCAGGUUUAGAACCAGCUCUCUGGUUAUCUUGUCUGCCGGAAGACCAUUCUGUGGACUGUGUGAUAGGACAUGGAGCCGUUUUUGGUCGGCAAGUGCAGAUUAUAAAACGACAUCAUCAUUGCAAGUGGAUUCAGGUCGUUCAUACAGCUCCUGAAGAGCUUGGUAUGUACAAGUCCUACGCAGAUGCCAUUUCAAGAGGCGAGAAAAAGCACCAGGCUGAGGUAAAACUCUGUGAAAAGGCUGAUCAAGUACUAGCAGUUGGACCCAAGCUGGCUGAAGCUUUCUCAGGUUAUCUCCGUGCAUGUGGAAAGGAUCGAGAUGUUCUUAAUCUUACCCCAGGCAUCUUCUCUGAGUUCGCUGAUGUAAAGCAAGCCACUGAAGAAAGAAGAACAUUCAGUGUUUUAGUGUUUGGACGUGGUGACAAUGAAGACUUUCAGCUGAAAGGAUAUGACAUCGCUGCUCGUGCUAUUGCCAAGUUGAAAGAUGAGCCACAGCCCUAUAAGCUGUUGUUUGUUGGAGCUCCAAGUGGAGAAGAGGAGAAAGUUGCAGAUUUGCUACUGGAGCAAGGCAUUGAUCGCAGUCAACUAACUGUGCGUUGUUUUGAUGAAAGCAGAGAGCAGUUAGCUCGGUUGUUUUGUGAAGUGGAUCUUGCUAUAAUGCCAUCACGAACUGAGGGAUUUGGUCUAGCCGCCCUUGAGGCUUUAUCUGCUGGUCUGCCUGUGCUGGUCAGUGAGAACUCUGGUCUUGGUGAGGCUUUGAAAAAAGUUUCGUUUGGUUCAUACUGUGUAGUGAAGUCGGAAAAUCCUGAAGCUUGGGCCAGUGCAAUCAGAAUUAUCCGUGAAAAAGACAGAGAGAUGCGACUUGACGAGAGUAAAACCCUACGUGAAAAAUAUGCUAUAAAGCACAACUGGCAGGAUCACUGUAAUAGACUCAUUGAAAUAAUACGAAACAUCUCUCAAGGUAAAGAAAGCACACUGUCGUAAGUAAGGUCUCUGUGUUGUUAUACCCACAUUUAUUAACAGGUUUGAUAGCUGUAUCUUAUGCAAGGUAGGGAGACACAAGUGCAUGGUUGUCUUGUAGGAAGAAGUGACAGUAAAUGGACAGUGACAAAAAAACGUACCAUGCACAGAGUUUAAUAUAUCUGGGGACAUGUUAAAAGUUGUGUAGUGUUGGUUUAUUUCGUGCAUCAAAACAAAGAGUUACGGCCGCCUUUGAUUGGCUCAACAACUGAUUUCAAAUUUCGUGCCUCAUGAAGGUUCGCAGAGCCCGUGCAUCAAUCUGCCCUAGGCAGGUGGUACCGAUUAAAGUGAUUUUUUAAAUGCCAUUCUGUUCAAGCAAAAGCAGUGAUGUGAUUUUUUUUCAUAAACGUGUCUUGCCAUGGAUUUUACCCUAGUGAUAAGAGCAAAUCUACUUUCAAUCCGUUCAAUUGUUCUCCAGUGCUUUCAGGGAAUCUACAUCAAACAGUUUAAAUAAGAAUAAAAAAAAAUGAUUAGUUUUAAUAUUUAUUAUUUUUAGAAAAUAGUUCAUCGAAUGAGUAGGAUUCAUCCGUGACAGCUACUGGGAAUAUUCAACCCUCUGGAAACCUUCAUGUUCUGAGAAACUUUCUCAAAAAAGUAUACAGUAAUAACCCGCUAUUAUUAAUCUAGUUUUUAAGGAGCAGUUAGGCUAAAAUGUGCCAGUUAUAGUGUAGACCCCGUCUACACAAGAAUCUUAUUAGCCUAAGAUUUGAAACAGGUUCUUAUCUAUUGAAAUCAAGUCGUGUACAUGUAUGUUCUGAAGAAGGACUUCAAAAUUCAUGUGAUUGCCUUUGGUGCUUCAGCUUUUCUUAAAUGUACUGUAGACACCUUCACAUUUUUACUUAAAACUCGCUAUGCAGAUUUAUACAAAAGGAAGAAGGUGUACACCACUUAAUUUUAUUAGCUAAAAUGUUUUCUUUUUCUUCAGUAUUUAAGAACCUAUUCAGUAAGAUAGCUAAAUUUUUCUUAUAAUUACCAUUUAUGUUUGAAACUCUUUAGGCUAAUUUAGGUAAAUUUAGGUCCUUGUUCUCAGGAUAUUACUGAAGUUUUGAAUCUUAAAUAAUGACUUUAGUUACUUUCUUAAGAGAAAAAGUUUGUUAAUGCAGUUUUGCAUCCUUGUAUCAAACUACUCUUUCCAACUUUAAUAUUGCAUUGUUACUACUUUGCUAGACCGUGUUAGGAAGAAAGGAAGCAAUUGGUAUUACUUGUAAUCAACAAGUUUGUCUUAGUAUGGCGAAUGGUUUAAAAGGCUCCUCAUUCUAAAAAGUCAUCUUAUGCUGUACAAUUAACAAAUCGAGAACAAUUUUCUUAUAGACCAUAGAUCGACAUAAAAGUGAUAUCAAAAUGUUCAAACUUAUGUCGUUUGGCGUGUGGUUUUACUGCAAAGUUAAGAACAUUUUGACUUCAUUUCUUUGCUUUAUAAGAGUACAGACCAUGGAAAAUUGUUUUCGAGUUGUUUUUUACAAUAACAUGAACAGUUUCAGGCGUCAUGUUAUAUCCAUGAUCUAUACUCUCAUCGACUCUAGCUCUUGACCAGUAGGUGGAAUCGCUCAGUUAUUGUCAAAAAGGGCGUUUACUCAAUGGAAAAAAACUGAACAAAAUGAAAUAAUACAAUUUCAGGUUCAUCAGAGGGAGUUCAACCUAUGAAAAAAGGUAAAAGGCCAUUACCUCCAAGUGGUGUCCCAGAUCCAAAGCAACCAAGACUUCCAAGAGAUGAAGGUAAAGCUUGCGUUUGCUACCCGUAUAGCUUGAGUCAUUUAAGCUUGACCAAAACAUUGAGCUCUCUGCCGACCCUGAGUUUUAUGCUUUCUCGAUUGGAGGCUUACAAAACAGAGAAAGGCAAAUUUUACAAAGUCACGCCAAAACCAUCAGCCUAUAGAUCGCAGAACGUGUUUACACGAACAAAUCUUGCUAUAUAUAUUACAAAUAUCUAACUACUUAGUCAACUUAUUACGUUCAAUACAAGAAUUAAGAAACAGUAAGAAAGCCUGCUUUACAAGGAAGCUGUGUAUAAAACAUAGUUAAAAAAUUAUAAAGUAUCACUGCCAACUUUUAAAGUUUUAACUUAGAUUUGAAUUCAUCAAGUCAUUGAUGGCGUUUUCUGAUCUCCAGAGGAAAGCUGUCCCACAGCACCGGUCGACUGUAGGAAAGACUGCGUUAGCGAUAAUCAGAGCGUGGCUGAGGAAGGGCAAGCCCAUGGUCACUCUGUCUCAAGUGGUAAGUUAGAGAAACAAGAAGACGUACAAAACGCCAAACUCAGAUAUGCAGGAACCGUGUCAUUCACAAUAUACAGUACAUCAAAAUUACUUUACUGACCAAGCGCUGGUAGUCAAGUUUCGGCCAAUUUAACUUCUGAAACAGUCAGCAGUGCAAUAAUGGUAAAAAACUGCAGAAUCACUGAUGUGGCACGCGUUUUAACUUUUUCUAAUUAUUAGAAAAAGUUAAAACGCUUGCCGCAUCAGUGAUUCUGCAAUUUUGAAGAAAGGCUCGUAAGGCCUGUGGAGGUGGGGGACGCCAGAUAGGUGAGGUAACAUUUGGUGGGUCACCCCACCUAUCAUGCAAACGUGAUCAAAUUAAGAUGAGAGAUUAUAUGGACAGGCGGGUUACCCCACCUAAGCGGGUUACUUCACCCACCUGGGGUCCCCUAGGUGCUAAGAACAGAUACCUCAUAUCACGGAAAAGUAAUCAAAAUUGGACUGUUCUUAUGAAUUGUCCAAGGUGCCGUGAUUGGAUCUCGAGACAGAGAGAAAAUGCCUAAUACGUUUGAGAAACGAUUAAUUUUGACAUUGAGCUCGUUUGAUAGCUUGACAAUUGUUGCCUAGAAGAACCAAACAGAAAUUCAGUCGGUCAUAUGCAAUAUUGGUUUGCUCGCUACAAGCCACUAACGAAUUCUCUCCAGAACCCUAGCUAAUACAAAAAGAAUAUUCUAAAAACUAAGACUUCUAAAGAAUAUGUUAAAAAAGCUAAGAAACAGCUAAGCUGAGGGUGUGUUCAAAACAAAGACUAAUAACCUAAAAAUUAAAACUAAUAUACUUAGAAAGUGAAACUAGUUUACUCAAUACGUACACUCAAAAAAUUAAUCAAAAAGAAAAGUUUUAAAAUUGCUCUUAAACUGAAACAAUGAAGCUGUGCUCGAAUGUUGUAUAUUAAAAGGAAAAACGUUUAAAAUCUUCGGGGCCCAGAUAUUGAGGGCAGAACCCAUUUUUAUACGAGCUUCAUGCACAAAAAAAAGCUUAAACACAAUCCGAUACGAGACCAGCAAGCAAUGGAGUUCUGUUCUAAUAGUGUGGGGGGUGAUGUGCUCAUAUUUCUUCUUACCAGUGACAAAACUAGCAGCACUGUCCUGAAUUAGAUAGAUAGGUUUAUUAAAAUAACGAAAUUACAGCCGCAGGCUGAAUUGCUUAAUUAUUUCCCCCACUAUAAAAGGUAUAAACAUUUUGGUAAAAGACUAAUUACAAUUUUGUUGAUUAGGAAUGAUGACAGUAAAAUACUGAAAAAGCAAAGAAAAAUAACGUAUCCGACUCAUUAAACUUUAUCAAAACAUUCAGCUGUUUGCUAUCCCUGAGUUUUCUGCUUUCUCGACUGGAGGCUUACAAAACAGAGAAAGGAAAAUUUAUCAAAAUCACACCAAAACCGUCAGCUUAUGGAUCGCAGAACGUGUUCACACGAACAGUUUGGUCGAAAUUGAUAAGUUACCUGAGUGAAAACAGUUCUUACAGGUUUUAUUGAACUUUUUGAAGCUUUCUGUGUGGAUAAAAGUCCCAAGGUAUUUAUUGGAAAAUAUACUAAAGCGCGAAGUGAUCGAGGAGCCUCAGACAUGCAAACGUUCAGUUUUAAAACACGGCGCUGAUCCAGAAAAGGAGUCCAACGUUUUGUCGAGUUACUUUACAAAAAUAUACUAAAAAAUUAAGAGCGGCUCUGAAAGGCAAAUUACUUUAAACGUGUUUUAUUAUAUCUAAUCACUUCAAUUUUUUCAAAAAAAAAAGACACGUUUUGUUAAAAUAACAGCAACCCGGAAAUGAUCGGUAUAUAACGCAGUUAUCUCCGCGCACUUGGCUGUUCCACUAAUUAUAAAGCACAAUAAACACUGGUAAUAUCGUGAUUAGGGACCAUUAGAAGUUGGGGGAAGAAUUGUAAUACCCCUCCCCUACAAAAAAUUCAAUGACCACCAGUGCAAUGACUCCCCCUUAAGUGUUUCAACCAGUGAUUGACAAGCUAGUAGGGAAUGUGGAAAAACGAGAUAAAGGUCUCUUGUCAAUCAUAAGUCAUAGGCGCGUUUAUUAUUGUAUUUUCACUGUACUUUUCCAAAAUACCUCGACCAAAGGUUGGACUCAGGUUGGACUCUUUUUUUAUGGAGUACCGUUAUUACAAUAAAAACUGACCUUUUGGGCCUCCGACGCUCCUCGCUCGCUUAAAAAGCGCAAAAAAAAAAAAACCAAACAAACAAACAAAAAAAAAACAAAAAAAAUUGAAAACAUAAAAAAAAUCGAUCCUCGACAUGUCACUCUCUACCAUCGACACCUCGACCGAACGUCGGACUCGCAAAGAAUUAUCCAAAUUUAUCACAUCGCUUCAAUAUUUACUCAAUUUUGCGCCUUCGUUAGGCAACUUAAAAUAUUUCAGUGGACAAGAAAAUCGGGCAUUUUAUAGUACACUGAUCAAUUGCAGCACUGAGACUUUUUCCAGAAAAUCUAUCGUUGAAUUUUGGUUUAAUCACUGUUUUCCUGGAAGUAGCCUUACAAAUUACAAAAAAAGCUCAGCACUGCGUUUUACCCCAAUUCACAUGUUUUCGAAAUCGCGCACUUAGUCUUCUUGUGUUUCUUCUUAGCCGAUUGUAGAGUGCAUAAGGGUCAUUUGCAAAACGAAUGAGCGAUAAAUUCUUUCCAGAAACAUGCAUAAAGUAGCAAAUUUGUUUGUAUAAAGUCCAGUCCUCAGUUCGUGCUCAAUUUAUAUCGUUCGUUUAGAAAUUCCAAGAUAUCUCGAAAUUCGUCGCAUAGAUUUCUAUGAAACUUCGCAUAACGGAAGCGGCGCAACCUUACGAAACCUUACAAAACUACGGCGGCGACGGCAACGGGAACGUCUAAAACACAAUAGGUUUUAUGAGCAAAACAAUCACGUUAACUCUGCCCGUGCAUCAUGCUUUUUUGUAAAUUUCUUUUUCGUUCCUGAACAACUACAACGUGAAAUGACCAAAUGUUGAGUUGACUUGAGGGCGGGAACGGCAAGGCGGCAAGUGGUUUUUUGAUCUCUCUCUCUCUGAACUCGGACGCGGUCCCCUCUCUUCAGCUCCAACCUAAUUUCCCUAAUUUCAAGUAACUGGGUGACUUGCUAUAACCGCGAGAAAGUUUCGACGGACGCGGCGUCGCCGUUGUCAGAUAGUAGGGAGUUUAAGAUACUCCGACUACGGACUACGGCUACAGAUAAACAUGCUACUGCGCAUGAUCAAAACCACGUGACUGUUCAUUUUUCCCUCGUAGUCCUGCGGCUACGGUGAGUUGUUGAGCUGUUUCGCGUAGUCGGGACUACGUAGAACAUUUUGCUCGUAUUUUGCCGUCUCGGUGAUUCAAGAAUCUCGUCUUUUCGUCAAAAAGGUUCAAUUUGCCUGCUUUAAGUGAGAGGGAAGCGAAAUAUGUAAGUUGUGUCUAAUUUCUGCUCAGAUUUACGCUUUUAAUCCACCGUUGUGACUACAUUUUUAUCUAGCUAAGCUCAUAUUUAAAGAAGCUUAGCUGUUUAUACGCAGAAUUCCGAUUGAUGGCCGAGGAGAAGAGAAAUCAUGCAGGUAAUUUACUUUCUCUUCACACUUGAAAAGUUUCAAUGUUUGUUCGAACUGAUUAGGGUGUCUUUCUACUUGUGUGACCUUUGUUUGUGCGAGUUUUUUUUAUCGCAUUUGCUGAAUGAAAAUGAUUUAAACAUCUUCGAGACAGUCGAAACUGGGCAUUUCAAUACUUCAAACUACAUCCGAUCAGUAGUCGGAGAAGUCCAUCUGCUAAAUCUAAUAAAUGAGCUAUUACUAUUUCUGUCUAUUUCUUUAAUAUUUUACAUAAGUAUUCAUGGGCGAAAAAAAUAAAACCUGUGCAACCAAAACUUUGUUUACCAAUUUCACCCGAGCUACGGUGAUGGAACAAGGAGUAAAGUUGUAGGCGAAUCAACUUGUACGCGAAUCGACUUGUACGUAAAUGCUUCCUUCAAGUAUGGAAGAAUUUGUUCAUUGUUCUAAAGACAAGAUCACAUGCAAAACUGACUUGCAUUUUUGUGAACUGUGGUGAAAACAAGAAAAUUUUUGCGUGUUGUUUCCCUCUCCGCCUCUUCUCUCGUAGUCUGCCGUCGGUAGUGGAAUCUUAACGUUCUAUAUUUGCACGACUCAACCCAGUGCUACAAACAAACGACAACGCUCGUCCAGCCGUAGUUCGUGGUCCGUAGUCUCCGUAUCUUAAACUCCCUAGUAGGGAGCUUUAGCAACGACGACGGCGACGGCAACCAGGACGUCAAAAAAGCAAUAGGUUUAUUACGCAAAGCAACAACUUUGCACGCGCAUCACGCUUUUUGUACAUUUCUUUACCGUCCUUGCACGGCUACGACGUGAAAAUGCCUAACUGCAAGUUUUAUGGAGGACGUAAACAAGCGACGACGAAUCUCUUUUUCUCUCUUUAAACUUGAGUGCUGUCCUCAAGAAAUCAACUCCAGGGAAAUUCGCCUACACUUGCCAUUUUCAGCAAAUUGGAAUAAACGCGACAAAGAUUGAAAAAAUGGGAAUUCAUUUUAAAACUGACGUUGUCGCUGCCGUUGCCGUCGUCGAUGCUAAAGCUCCCUAGUAAGGUCCUUAGCAUGGUCGGUGCUCGACCAAUCGACGACUAACAACGGCAAAUAGUCGGUCGAAUGUCGACCGAAGCAUAGCUGAAGCAUAUAAAGAGUAGAAAUUCCUCAGUAGUGAAAGCAAAUUGCCUUAGUGAGAUAAGGUCAAGACAUCGUUCGGAGUAACAGUGAACAUGAUUUCAGCAAAUACUUGAACUUGUACUUGUCUUUUUCUUUGUUUGUUUUUAAUUUGACGGCGUUGAUAGGUCUCUACGUGCUUAAGUUACUUUUUUGCUGGCGUCGCUCAUAACAAAGGCUUGUCUAUCUUCACAAUAAGUCUCUGGUCGAGCAACUUCUUGUGCAUUUGAGUACGCUAGGCCAACCAAUUAAUUGCACCAUCUUCAUCCCCCCUGUGUCCUUUUUUGUAAGACUUAUUGCGACUAUCAGAACUGCAGGUGUAUUAAAUCUCUCAAACGUCUUUUCCGAUUAAUGAUGCAGAAUCACUCCGGCACUAGACUUUCUUGUCCUUUUCUACGGCGUCACAAACUUUUUUGUCCUUCUCGAUCGUCAAUUGUUGGAAACAUCUCCUUUUAUUUUGAAAUGGAUUUUCUUACUUUGACAUACAGAACUCUAAAAGGUUUAAAUGUUUAUAUCUUUUUACUCUGGCGCCACAAAAUGCUUUAUCACCUAAUUCACAAAAGCGCCAUGCCCAGUAGACUGAACUAAAUUUAUUUGGAGAAGCUGUAGCUUUUUUUUAGAUAAUCACGUUGGUUACUUAUCUUACGCUAAUUUAUGCCAAUCUGCUCUGCUUUCAACUAUAAAAACAAUAAGAACAAGCUAAAGUGAAAUAUUUUUGGAUAUGUUUCAGCAGAAAAUCUUGCCAUUCAGAUUGACGCCGUUGAACAAGGAGGAUCUUCACCAUCCCAAAAUGUUACUGGGAAGGAAAAUGUCGAGGAUAGAAGAGGUACUUUUGCACAAGAGGUCCUGGCUCGUAUUGCAGAUAAGUUUAUUCAGAAAAUUGACCCCUCAGAUGAAGAGGGGUUUAAUGGUUUUCUUCAGUAUAUGGAAAAAGUGCGCCAAACAAUAGUCGUUGAUGUCAAGACGGGAAGCUUGAUAAUCACAGUGCGGUGUACCUCACUUCGUAUUCUGGACGAUCUUUGGAGAGACUAUUGCACGGGCCAUCUACAAGAAGUGGCGCAGAGGUACCUUGUGACAGAGGACAUUCUACAACAAUGGGGCCUUGAUUCAGUGCAACUAACGUUGACUAUUAGUGAAGAGGCGUACAAAGCUUACCGAAAGAACUUUUUGACAAAUGAAGGUAUGAACACAAAAAACACACUUUCCAUUUGCCGUAAACAUGAUUCUUAAUCUCUCCAUUCGUACUUGGAAAAAAUCUUUUAAUGCCUUUUAUGCAAUCCGCCUACCGUAAACAUCACUCCACUGAGACUGUCCUUUUUUCGCCUGAGGACUUCAUGUAUUCAUCGUCGGCAAGAUGUUUUUUUGGUAAUACUUGAUCUGUGAGUCGCACUUUUUGAUACCCUAGACCAUACUAUACUGGUUUUUAAUUACUUCGGUUUUUCCACACAGUGCUAACAUGGUUUUCGUCUUACCAUUUGCACACAUUCUGUUAUCAUAGCAAUCGGAGGCUAGGGUUUGGAGUCUCGCAAGGGUCGUUACCAGGACCUCUCUUGUUUACCCUUUAUAUAGCACCUUUUCAAGCCAUAAUCUCUGCUCAUAACCCGCCUAGACUGUACUAUCUAUUCACAUGAUUCUCGACUAUACGUUACUGUCGAUCCUUUUGAUCAACGUCCUACCCUGAACACCAUUCAGAAGUGUAUCUGUGAAGUUAUAAAAUGGAACACCAACUAUAAGUGCAGUCCUUGUAAAACAGAGGUCAUUCAGUUUAGUUCUGGUUCUUCAAGAACCCAGUUUUUUAGUGUUUUCUCUAUUGGCAACGCUCUAGUACAACCAUCAGGCUGAGUUUAUACACUUGGUGUCAACCUAGAUAGAGAGCUCAAUGCUAUACAUGUGUUCUCAGGCUAGUCUGCUCGCAGCUUACACUAGGUUGACCCUGUUUCCUGUUUCCUAAUGCUCUUUCCAUUAUCGUGCACAUGGUGCAAGUCCUUAGGGGUAGAAUGGAAAUUGCCUUUGGCUAGAUAAUUGCUUCUUCCUCCUGCGUUUUACGUUCAUCUCUCAGCUGCACUAAAACUACGAGUCUUUUUAUUGUUUUUCAGGAAUUGUUGAACCAGUUGCAAACACCUCUCUUCCUGAUGACCUUCUAUCUGUCUCAGAUUUAAAUGCUAUCGACACUGAGGGCGAACAGACCUUACCUACUGACUCCGCGCUGUCAGAAUUUUCUCAGGUAGAUAUAAAAGAAAUAUGUGAAAAAGUCAUAAUGCAGCUGGGCUUUUUUGAAAGUUAUAUGAAUGUUUUGUAAAACUAUAACAAAUAGUACACUUCUUAGUUGGGUUGUUUUUAAAAAAGACUCCUUAUCGUUUGUCUUUGUUAUUGAUCGGGGCGUGAAAACCUCUUAGUAGCACCCUGGUUGCUAGUGACUGGUGCAUUUCUAACCUCGCUAAUGGCUGGUGGAUUUUGUUCCUUAGCAUUGUUAGUGUUAGAAUCUGUCCCUGGAGCGAAGCUGUGGUGCAUUCACGCUUCUGCAUUCCCUGUUGAUGUUGGUAGGGUGAAGUCGAUCUUACGUGGCACGCUAGUCUGUUUUACCCUACGAGAGUGACAAUGAGGAUGUCUUCCAAUAAGCUUAGCCUUGUCGGCUUAAAGAAGAUAGUGGCUGUAUUUAUGUGCGUGAUCUACAAACAAGUUUCUAAAAGCCAUAUGUCUAUUUCAUGCUGUGACCCUAUUGGCUGGAUUGACGUGACUUCAGUCAUAGCGCGCUGUUUUGAAAGAAUUAUCAUCACUACAGUAAGAAAGUCUUUGAGGAAAAUCUGACGGACACCCAGUUUUCGUAUAGGGAUGGCUGUAGUCGCGCGGACGCCUUAAUUCAAAUACAGUAUAACUAUUUAAAAGCACUUGAUAAUAAGGAUUGUAACUAUGUCAGCUUUUUGCAAUGGAUUUUUCAAAAGCCUUUGAUAAUGUGUAACACUCAUUAGUACCUUUAUGUCCAGUGAUAAGGUGUUUGUGUAAAGAGGGAUACCAACAACCAGAUGUAAAUUACGUUUUUAGAUUCAAUAGUUCUACCCAAGCUAACUUAUUGUUUUACCAUAUACACCUCCUCAACACCAGAAUUAGGUAUGGUCAUGAAUUUUCUACAGCGUAGCUGCUUUAAACGCAAAUACACAUCUUAUCAAAUUAACUUAUAUGACUUCUUAGAAGAAACAGAUCGCGCGCUAUUUAAGAAGAUCUCCAGUGCGCAUGCCCGGCCACCCUUUGUAUCCUUCCCUCCCCAAAAGAAAAGAAAGUUCUGUGCGCCUCCGAAUUCCUAGCAGCCAACUCCCUUGAGUCAAUACCCAGCGUUUUAAAAAUAGUGUUAUUUAAUGGGCUUUUUUAAAAUAUGAAGUAGCAAUUUUUAAUGUAAAAUGGUUUUAAUGUUUUCAAUAGUUUAUACGGAAUGUAAAGCUUUUUAUCCCUUUUAGCUUUUCAAUACACCACUUUCGUGUACCAAAACCCCUCACUUUCAAAAUCAUGCCAAGUGCACCACCUUUCUUGUGAAAUUGAGUUUUAUUUGCAUGAAAGUGACAAAUUAUUUCCAUAUCAAAGGCUGAGCACUUAACCUCGUUUUGAUACAGAGGCCCAGGGGAAACUAGGAAAUGGCCUGUUGCUUUUAACUGUAACUGCUCUUAGUUUUCAGCAUGUAUAUUUGCUUAGAACAUAAAAGAUCUAUUAUUAUUAUUAUUAUUAUUAUUAUUGAAAAUAUGCAACAUUGUGCUCUCGUCUGACGAAAAGGUGAUUUCAAGCAAAACUCAGUGUCUCCCAUCAGAAAGAGAAUUCAGUCCGUUGAAACGUUGCGCUGUCAUUUGAACAACUUCAAGACUGAACAGCGGCGUCGGUCCAGUGCAAUCCAGCGCCGUGUUUUCCUUUUAUCUCGGAUUAUUUUGGUUUGAAAGUAUUUUCCAGACAUGCAUGUUUCGAAGGUUUAUGUGUUUUACCUGUGGAUUGAGGUCGGCCCAUCCUUAACCAAUAUUCUCACUGCAUAAUUAAUUAGCUCACCGCAGUUUUUUUUAUAUAAUCUGUGCUUAUUCCGUCGAAAGUGCGCAUGCUUGUGUAGGUUGUAAUGCAUUGCGCCCCUCGACUAUAAAUUUGGCCGUGAUGCCUUAAAAACGUGGUCAUUUUAAUGAUCGGUACCCCGGGACCACGGUCAAUUUUCGCGACCCGCCCACCUCCCCUGGUGGCGGUUGACAACUUUAGUGUUAUCCGCAUUGUAUGCUUAUUGCCUCAGCAGCGCGGACUUUUUCCCAUAACUUAAUAUUACGCGGUGAGGUAAUGAGUAUGCAGUGAGGAUAAAGGACCAGGUUAACUCUCUCCAUGUAAGUCCCAUGACGUUCGCCUAGUUCCUAGGCCUCAUUAUUCCGUAAAUAAUGUUUGACUGAGCAAACAAAUAUGGGAGUGGAGUAAUUCUUUUAGAAAAAAAAGAUCAUUUUCCUGACUUUCCAAGGUUAUUGAAUGAGAUUAAAUCUCUCUUCAGUUAACAACUCUGCUGGUCUCCAAAUGAAAAUUUUACUCUGUUUUGUGCGGCUCAAAGUUUUUUUGGUGCCGAAGAACAUCUAUAAAUAGUCUGAAAUCUAACAUUCUUGCCUUGCAUGGGAGAUGGAGGCACAACGGGAUGGAUUCUUGGGGCGCGAUCCAUUCAACCAAAAUUCCAACCGGUCCCAACGGGAAAAGUGGUCCACCUCAAAAGGUGAACCCGUUUUUUCGAAACUUCUCCGGUUGGACCAAACCGAUCCAUUGAGUUUUGGACCGAAAUUUCCGGAAAUUUUGGUUGAAUGGAUCGCGCCCUUGGAUUCAGUUAUUGAUUUACUCUAUUGUUUCAUUAGGAUUUGUCACCUUGCAAAGCUUCUACAUCACAGGAAGUCCAAGGAAACAGUUCGAGCUCCUCUUCCAGCAAAGAAUUGAGAGCUAUAUCCUUAAAAGGUCAGUUAAAAUAUAAUGUAUGUCUUCAUCUGUUAUAUUUAUAGACUCAAGAUAUAUAUCCUUAAAAGGUAUGAUAUGCCGGAUUUACUUAGUAAAAAGACGCCUUGACACUCAUGAAAUGUGAAAGCAUUUUUCAAACAAAACAUAUGUAGGAAAUGUCAUGAACAGUCGCAACUUCGUUUUGACAGAAAUGGGCCAAUUAGAACGAUAACUAAUAUCAAAACUCUUACUAGAGGGGUUGGCUUUAAGGGAAAUAAUUGUGUCUGAAACAAGUCAAAUACUUCAAAUAUAUUUACUGUUCAAGAACAGAAAUGCCGAGAAAAAGCUCCAUGUUUUCGCUCUAUUGAGGGAAGUUGAAAGAAGACGAGAAUAACUGGUAACUGUAAUGUGGAUGCUUUUUAAUACGGUGCUUAAAUUUGCUUAUUUGAAGAUAAAUACUGUACUUGCUAUUAUUGGUAUUUUUUGUGGACCGGUAACAUUACUUUUUGUUUCUUUAGUAACCCGUCAAAAAGUAAACUGAAGCCGUUAACUUCAAACCAAAAUAGUGUGAUUCUAUUUGUUUUAUUGUUUCAUAAGUUUGACUGAAUUUUAUUCUCGAUCAUGUGUCCUCUUCGCCAGCAAUGGAUUCUAGGCUGUAAAUUUUGCAUUAGUGCUAAAAGUGAAAUUGGUGUAAUUCGUGUCAAAAUUUAAAAAUCACGUGUUGUACCGCAGUGGCUGUCGUACCCACUGGCAAAAAAGUUAUUGAAAUUAUCACUGAUCUGCCUUUUAAUUUCAGGGUCAAAAGAGGGCAAAAGGCCGUUAACUUCAAGUAGCACUCUAGCAUCAAAGUCCCCCAAAACUUUGGAAGAUGAAGGUAAAGUUUGCUUAUGUAUGACAGAGUUUAUGACCGUCUCAGUACUGACGAUUGCGUCGACAGCAAUAUUGAAAUUGUUUGAUCUGCAUUGACGAACUUGUGUUCAGGAUUAAACCCCCCCCCCGCUCCCCCUCUAUCUUAAGGAUACUCAAGAUACUGUAGUCGCUCUCAUCUGUUCCAGGAACAAAUCUUGAACUUCUCUAGUUUGACGCGCAUUCUUUCUAAUUCGAGCGUGUUUUAUAUUUUCCUUCAGUUAGAACCUGGCGAGAACAGAAAUCUUUUGUUCUGAUCAUUUUCGCAUUUUUCAAAAAAAUGUAGUCAAGUCUCCUUCAUGUGAGUCCUUUGCGUACGUACUAUGAGUUGAUGCUUAGGAACCAAUGAGACUUCGGCAUCUAAACAUGAUAUUGCUAAAGGUCAAACAAAGGCACUUUCAGACGGCCAUCUUGAUUUUUCACAAUUUUUUCGUCUUUUAUUACGGCUAAAGGUGUUUAGAAGCAUAGCAUUGAAAUAUCUUCAUGAUUCAAAUACUGAGUACAGUGAUGCAGCUGUUUAAGGGUUCAUAUUUUAGUGUGGGAUAAAAUCGCGCAUGAUACAACGCACGUAUUUCAUAAUUUAUGAGUUCUGUUUCACCUGCUUCAGGGUAGAGUAUAAAAGAUCAUACAUUUUUCAAAGUUCUUCCAGUGAAACAAUAAUUGAUAUUUAAUGGACUUUAAUUCGGAAGUAUGCGGUCUGUAAAUUGUGGUUUUAGAAGUUUAAAAGGCAGCUUAUUUUUUUUGAAAGCUGUAGUAAGUUAUAAUCCUGUAAACAAGCUUUAUUCUCUCGCUUACAAAGUUCAACAGACCUUUUUCGUUCCGGCCAAAAAAAACAUGAAUUAAGUGAACAACAUGUUACAUGCUUGCUGCUUAAGAAUCAUUAUAGUUAUUGAAACGUAUUUUAUAUAUUAAAGAUGCGUAACUAAAGUAGAAACACUAACGUUAGAGAUCAAUUGGAAGAAGCUAGUUGACAAAAUAAUUAGAUAUUGUUUCGUGGAGCGGAAUAAAAUAAUAUGAGUAGAAAUAUAUUUGGGCAGUUUGAUAAUUUUCUUGGAAGUAAAUAAAUGUUAGGCUAUCAACCUUAACGUUGCAUGAAGCAUAAUUUAAGUGCAGAUAUUGUAAAGCCGAGGUUAUUUCUUAAAAUCGUUUUGAGCAAGUUUUCUACUAAACAAUUUGCGUAUUUGUUACAUACGAAUUGUAAAAGGGACAAAGUCCAACAUCUUCACGUGCAAAUUGUGUGCUUGAGUUAUUUUUAUAAUCCUGCUUACUAGAUUAAUGUGAUACCUCGAAUUCCCUCACAUUAAUGUACAGCAAUACCCAAUUUCGCACACAAAAAAAAUAGUCUAAGUUUAGGAUUAAAACAGUAGAUUGUUGAUACGGUUACACUGAAGCAUUCAAAAUGGCUCAUGCAUGUUAAACGUGCCUAUGUUCCACUUCCUUGAUGAUGGCCUUGUUUAUUAAAAGCUGGUCUUUGCUGCCAUAGCUCCCUCUUCGACAGCCCUGGCUUUUGUUCUAUGGGUAGCAGGUUGUUUUCAUCAAGAUGUCUGCCGGUAAACUCUCUCAGUGAUGAUGGAUGUUAAUAUCUUAUAGGUUGUAGGAAGGCAUGUGAUGGGGCAAUAGUUUUUACUAUUUUUGGUGUCUUCUGUUUUGGUAAGCAGAGAGGUGAUACCAGUUGUUAGCCAGUCAGGAGAGGUUUCAGCGUUGCUGAGACAUUCAUUGUAAGCAUUUGUCAGGUCUUGGUGUAAGGAAGGCAGGUUCUUGAUCCAGAAGUGGUACCAGAGGCUUUCCAGUUACUUGCUUUCUUAACUGCUGUUUUUGUUUCUUGUAGGGUUAUUUGUGGACAGACUUGAUGAUUGAUUUCAAUAUUCUCAGUUUCUAUUUGGCCGAGCCAGUCAGCGUUUUUGUUGUAGCUCUUUUGUUUUUCCCAGAUGUUUCCCCAAUUCCCCAGAAGCUCUCUACUUCAUCAAUUUUAGGUUGCCUUAAUCUCAAUGGACUUUUCCCUAGUUCUCUAUAGAAUUUCUUUGCGUUUUCUCGGUAAGUAUUUUUCUGGUAGAAAAACUUCUUUCUCUUUUCAAUCUCUUGAUUCGUCUGGCUUUAGCUUGUAGUUGUUGUUUCAGUUUUCCAGUGAUUGUUGGUAUUGGUUUUCUUGUUGAAUGUUAUGCUUGCUAAACAGUGUCUUUUGUCGUUUUUCUUUGACGUGCUUUUCGUGCUUUAUCUCAUUCAACGUAGAUACGUCAUCCCUGAUCCCUGAUAUUUCACCUUCAAUUUUCUUUUUCCAUUUUGGUUGCCUUGGUUUGGUUUUCUCAGCUUGUUGUUCCUUUUUGUUUUUAUGCCCAGUGAUUCUUUAACAGUAGAGCAAAUGCAUAAGAUGGUUGAUGUUUGUGAGAGAUCUGGUUGACGGCUUAGUAUGGCUUUGUUUGCUGUUUCAAUGGCUGAUUUUGCGUGUCGCUCAUUUUUUAUUUUUGGAAUUGGUGGCCUCUGACUUAUUGGGGUUUCCUUGGCUAUUUCAUAUCUUUGGAGAAUACUUUCUUUAAUGAUGCCCACAGUUUCAUCUUGUGUAUCGAGGCUCAGUGGUUCUUGCACAUCAGAUUCACUAUUUUUGUCAAUUUCUUGAUUGUUAUUUUUAUUUUGUUCCUCUGGCACUGCAUUCGCAUCUCUCGUAUAAGGUGUAGUAUUUUCAACUCUCUGCUUCACACUUAGCUGGAUUGCAGGCAGCUUCAUUUUGGUUAGUCUUUCUCUACUGACCAUGUCACGACAGACAUUUGCCAGUUUGUUGACAUUUAAGUUAAGCUUCUUGGUGGGGUUAUUGACACACCAUAGGUGGGUAGGUGCCUUGAGUAAUAGCGGAAGCAGUUUAUAGAAAGCUUCCAUGACUCCUUUGUACUCUUCCCUAGACCAUUUUUGUCGACUGGGUUUGGAAGAAUUGUGAGAUGGUGCAACAUGAGGGCCGCUUUGAGGGGCGUGGUCGGUGUGGAAAUCCUCAGGUGCAUGAUGGGAAGAGUUUGUGCCAGUAAUGGAUUUUUCGACCUCAGCCUGGUUCCCUGCCGAGGGACGCGGCCCUUGUUCACCUGUUCGGUAUGAGAAUUUUUUACUACGACUUGCCAUGUUUUAUUUGCUGAGGCUGAUUUUUAUUCAGAGUUUCCUUUUCAUAGGUGAGCUGUCAACUAAGACUAAGGAGCCCCUCCUACCUCUAUGUUGUAAACUUAACGGAGGUGGCUUAGGGGCUGCGGAUACUCGCCAAAGGUAUCACCCCAGACUCUGGUGGGCGGGGAACCACAUUCCUGUGGUAGGCUGAGGCUCCAACCUGUCCUACCCCAGUGUCCGUUUUAUUAUUGUUGUUGUUGUUUUUGUUAUUAUUGUUAUGAUGAUGAUGAUGAUGAUGAUGAUGAUGAUGAUGAUGAUGAUGAUGAUGAUGAUGAUUAAUAUUAUAUAAGAUAUACUAGUGUAAUUGCGAGUGAUUUUCUCUCUCAACAUCCGAGUCCAAACCAAGAACUUUGGGAGGCAAAGAGGGUUUCUUCUUGAUGGAGAGGACCCGCCUGAGGAGGUGGGCUGUAGAAAGGAGAGUUAUUUUCUGGAGUUCAUGUAUGUUGAUGUUGCCAGGGAUUUUGCUGCUGUAGUUUUGCUCCCACAUUCUCUCAACUUCGAUUUCCAAGUCUUUGUCUUUGUUAAGCUUUUCCUUGGUUUUGACUGAGGUGUUGGUGUCAAGGGGUAUAGUCAUAUCAAUGAGAAGGUGGGUUUUGUCCUUCUUGUUCUUUAGCACAAUAUCAGGCCUAUUAGCUGCUAUGGUACUGUCAGUGUGGAUGGGCAUGUCCCAUACAAUAGUGACGCUGUCAUUCUCGGUGACAGUCUUGGGUUCAUGCUCAUACUAUCGUUCCCUCACCUCAAUGCCAAACUCUUAGCAGAUCUUCCAGUGCAUCUGUGCAGCUGCCUUGUUGUGGCGGUGGAUGUAUUGCGGUGGUUAGAUGUAUUGUGUUGCGCUAAAAGUUGUUAUUGCGAAUCUUCCCGUGUAACAUCACCUUAAGAUUUUGCGACGGAUUCUGGCUGUAAGAUUUAGCUUCUUAGUAUUUGUCCUCACUCCUUGUAAAAAAUCAACUGGCUCGUUUACCCCUCUACGUCUCCUAUAUUUUUGGUCAAAGUUUCAGCAAUCUCAUGGUAAGCCUGCUGUGUGAUCGUUGCAUGUGCACGAGUGAGACGCUAGCAGUCAUCUUUUUACUGCACCUUUAUCCAGGCUAAAGGCGAUAAUGCCAACUUUGGACUUGGUGUCUCGAUUGAUUGAUUACUUUUUGUUUGGUUUAAAAAUCCAAAUCCAUACUAGGAGGUUCUCUGCACUGCAAACUCGACAUCCAGCAAUACGUGUUAGCAUAGUUAAUUUAAGUGGAAUGGUUGGGAAACCCUUAGGUUUUUGCUAGCUUUUUUGGACCUGUCCGUGCACAACGUUCAAUAGCAUUCCUAUCAGUUUGAACUUACUGACCAACAGAAACAUUGCAUUAAUUUAUUCAGUCACAAUUUGUGAACAAAAAACAUAUGAUUGUGCAAGAUCAGCGAACUUCCAUCAUAAACUACAGCACCGCGACGCUACUACUGGUUUCCCCGCCAAAUGACGUCUGAGAAACGAGCGCAGAAAUUCCAUACUGAUGACGCGUCCAGUACCCAGAUCUGGCGUCAUCAGUAUGGAAUUUCUGCGCUCGUUUCUCAGACGUCUUUUUUGCGGGGAAACCAGGGGUAGCGUCGCCAAAUGUCGGCUGUGUUCUCAGGCUAGUCUGCUCGCAGCUUACUCUAAGUUGACCCUGUUUCUUGUUUCCUAAUGCUCUUUCCAUUAUCGUGCACAUGGUGAGGAUGCAAGUCCUUAGGGGUAGAAGGGAAAUUGCCUUUGGCUAGAUAAUUUCUUCUUCCUCCUGCGUUUUACGUUCAUCUCUCAGCUGCGCUAAAACUACGAGUCUUUUUAUUGUUUUUCAGGAAUUGUUGAACCAGUUGCAAACACCUCCCUUCCUUUAGCUGCCAUCAAGACUGAGGGCGAACAGACCUUACCUACUGACUCCGCGCCGUCAGAAUUUUCUCAGGUAGAUAUAAAAGAAAUAUGUGAAAAAGUCACAAUGCAGCUGGGCAUCUUUGAAAGUUAUAUGAAUGUUUUGUAAAACUAUAACAAAUAGUACACUUCUUAGUUCGGUUGUUUUUAAAAAGACUCCUUAUCGUUUGUCUUUGUUAUUGAUCGGGGCGUGAAAAUCUUUUAGUAGCACCCUGGUUGCUAGUGACUGGUGCAUUUCUAACCUCACUCAUGGCUGGUGGAUUUUGUUCCUUAGCAUUGUUGGUGUUAGAAUCUGUUCCUUGAGCAAAGCUGUGGUGCAUUCGCGCUUCUGCAUUCUCUGUUGAUGUUGGUAGGGUGAAGUCGAUCUUACGUGGUACGUUAAUCUGUUUUACCCUACGAGAGUGACAAUGAGGAUGUCUUCCAAUAAGCUCAGCCUUGUCGGCUUAAAGAGGAUAUUGGCUGUAUUUAUGUGCGUGAUCUACAAACGAGUUUAUAAAAGCCAUAUGUCUAUCUCAUGCUGUGACCCUAUUGGCUGGAUUGACGUGACUCCAAUCAUAGCGCGCUGUUUUGAAAGAACUAUCAUCACUACAGUAAAAAAGUCUUUGUGGAAAAUCUGACGGACACCCAAUUUUCGUAUAGGGAUGGCUGUAGUUGUGCGGACGCCUCAAUUCAAACACAGUAUAACUAUUUAAGGGCACUUGAUGAUAAGGAUUGUAGCUAUGUCAGCUUUUUGCAGUUGAUUUUUCAAAGCCUUUGAUAACGUGCAACACUUAUUAGUACCUUUAUGUCCAGUGAUAAGGUGUUUGCGUAAAGAGGGAUACCAACAACCAGAUGUAAAUUACGUUUUUAGAUUCAAUAGUUCUACCGAAGUUAACUUACUGUCUUACAUUAUACACCUCCUCAACGCCCGGCAGUCAAAUUGUUUGACUGAGCAAUCAAAUAUGGCUGUGGAGUAAUUCUUUUAGAAAAAAAAGAUCAUUUUUCUUACUUUCCAAGGUUAUUCAACGAGAUUAAAUCUCUCUUCAGUUAACAACUCUGCUGGUCUCCAAAUGAAAAUUUUACUCUGUUUUGUUUGGCUCAAAGUCUUUUUGGUGCCGAAGAAAAUCUAUAAAUAUUCUGAAUUCUAACAUGUUGGCCUUGCAUUGGAGAUGGAGGCCACAACGAGAUGGAUUCCUGGAUUCAGUUAUUGACUUCACUCUAUUGUUUCAUUAGGAUUUGUCACCUCCUUGCAAAGCUUCUACAUCACAGGAAGGCCAAGGAAACAGUUCGAGCUCCCCUUCCAGCAAAGAAUUGAGAGCUGUCUCCUUAAAAGGUCAGUUAAAAAAUAUCGUAUGGCCUCAUCUGUUAUAUUUAUAGACUCAAGAUAUAUAUCCUUAAAAGGUAUGAUAUGCCGGAUUUACUUAGUAAAAAGACGCCUUGACACUCAUGAAAUGUGAAAGCAUUUUUCAAACAAAACAUAUGUAGGAAAUGUCAUGAACAGUCGCAACUUCGUUUUGACAGAAAUGGGCCAAUUAGAACGAUGACUAAUAUCAAAAAUCUUAUUAGAGAGGUUGGCUUUAAGGGAAAUAAUUGUGUCUGAAACAAGUCAAAUACUUCAAAUAUUUGCUGCUCAAGAACAGAAGUGCCGAGAAAAGGCUCCAUGUUUUCGCUCGUAUUGAGGGAAGUUGAAAGAAGACGAGAAUAACUGGUAACUGUAAUGUGCAUGCUUUUUAAUACGGUGCUUAAAUUUACUUAUUUGAAGAUAAAUACUGUACUUGCUAUUAUUGGUAUUUUUUGUGGACCGGUAACAUUACUUUUUGUUUCUUUAGUAACCCGUCAAAAAGUAAACUGAAGCCGUUAACUUCAAACCAAAAUAGUGUGAUUCUAUUUGUUUUAUUGUUUCAUAAGUUUGUUUGAAUUUUAUUGUCGAUCAUGUGUCCUCUUCGCCAGCAGUGGAUUCUAGGCUGUAAAUUUUGCAUUAGUGCUAAAAGUGAAAUUGGUGUAAUUCGUGUCAAAAUUUAAAAAUCACGUGUUGUACCGCAGUGGCUGGCGUACCCACUGGCAAAAAAGUUAUUGAAAUUAUCACUGAUCUGCCUUUUAUUUUCAGGGUCAAAAGAGGGCAAAAGGCCGUUAACUUCAAGUAGCACUCUAGCAUCAAAGUCCCCCAAAACUUUGGAAGAUGAAGGUAAAGUUUGCUUAUGUAUGACAGAGUUUAUAACCGUCUCAGUACUGACGAUUGCGUCGACAGCAAUAGUGAAAUUGUUUGAUCUGCAUUGACGAACUUUUGUUCAGGAUUAACCCCCCCCCCCUCUAUCUUAAGGAUACUCAAGAUACUGUAGUCGCUCUCAUCCGUUCCAGGAACAAAUCUUGAACUUCUCUAGUUUGACGCGCAUUCUUUCUAAUUCGAGCGUGUUUUAUAUUUUCCUUAAGUAAGAACCUGGCGAGAACAGAAAUUUUUUGUUUUGAUCAUUUUCGCAUUUUUAAAAAAAUGUAGUCAAGUGUCCUUUAAGUGAAUUCCUUGCGUAGGUACUAUGAGUUGAUGCUCAGGAACCAAUGAGAUUUUGGCAUCUAAACAUGAUAUUGCUAAAGGUCAAACAAGGGCACUUUGAGACGGCUAUGUUGAUUCUUCACAAUUGUUUUGUCUUUUAUUACGACUAAAGGUGUUCAGAAGCAUAGCAUUAAAAUAUGUUUGUGAUUCAAACACUGAGUACAGUGAUGCAGCUUUUUAAGGGUUCAUAUUUUAGUGUGGGCUAAAUCGCGAACCAUACAACGCACGUAUUUCAUAAUUUUGAGUUCUGUUUCACCUGCUUCAGGGUGGAGUAUAAAAUAUCAUACAUUUUUCAAAGGUCUUCCAAUGAAACAAUAAUUGUUCUUAGAUGUGGACUUUAAAUCGGAAGUAUGUGGUGUGUAAAUUGUGGUUUUUGUCGACAAGAACGAAACCCUUGUUCGUUAGCUUCACGGGAUGAGGAUGAUGUUGAGGAUCGCCUCGGGUCUCCCAAAUACUAUUUUCUCUUUCAGAUUUAAAAUAUCCUCUAGGUGUUCUUCCGAGCAAUCGUCUCCUACGUACGAUGCUCUAACGCCACGGGAAUUUAGGUUUGAGACCUGAUCUUUCAUGAGAGAAAUCAACGGAACAAUCACCAACCCCUCACCAACACGAUGGCAUUGCAAUCGUCGCCAAAUAAAUGAUCGAAAGUGUAUGGAGCUAGCUCAAAAGUCAGACUCUUGCCACCUCCGGUUGGAGCAGACACGAUAUGCUUCGAUUGUUUUCCGUUGAUAGUACACAGGGUCCAGAGGAGAUGUGUUUGUCGUUAGAACAUCAAAACCCGUCGAAAACCUCUGAAAAAAUGGGUUAUUUUGAUCGCGUUACGGUUUCGUUACACAUUCUAUAGACCUCCGGGCGACGGCCUUCGGUCACCCUUCGGGCGACGUGCCGUGCGCCCGCGAGGAUAUGGCUUGCGGUUGUUGAUUUUCAAAAGUCGAUCAGAUAAGAAGCGAAGAAAUCGUUUACAGUAGAUUUAUAAAGAUCCCAUUGGGCUAAUUAAUCGUGCUAAGCGACAGGUAUAGACAUUUUUCAAGGUAAGUAAUUCAUUUAUUCACACGAAACUCCUCUGGACCCUGUUAUAGUAACGCAAUUCAGAAUAGCCCGUGGCCCGUGGCCUCAAGAGUAUCUUUCAUCGCUUUCGCAAUCGACCCCAUGUUGAACCGUAAGUCACGUUUCAAUGCGCUUAGUAUUUGUGAGUGACAGCUUUAUCCCCAAGUGUCCUCGGGAGCUGCUCUGAUUGGUCCAAGCGCACCGAGCCGUUUUUGGGUCGGUAAAACUGGCGCCAAUCAAGUAUGAAAAGUCCUUCGUUCCGCGCCAUAUGAAAUCCGACGAAAGACUUUUUUGAAAGUCUACAGAUCACUCUGCAAUUACAUUGUCGAUUAACGGUAUAGAUGUCAGUAAACGCGGUCCAAGCUUUUGGAAGUUUAGUUGUUCUUUAGUGAAUGAUAAUAAUUAUUGCGAUCUCUUUGACACAAACAUCAAAAGUUGGCUCGAAGAAUUUAAGGAUGUUGACAAGCGUGUCUUAUGGGACUUGCUAAAAUACAAAAUUCGACAACUCACUAUAAAUUAUAGCGAGUCUAUCUGUUUGUCGAGGGUCGAGGGUCGAGGGUCGAGGGUUCCAUGUCGAGGGCGAGGGUACCAUGUCGAGAAGGAACGCAAAACCAACACUGAGUCUAUCUUUUUGUCGAGGGUUCCAUGUCGAGGGUAACAUUUUUUUUUCCAAAUUUUUUUUUUUUUUUGGAAAAGGUAAUAAUCAAUGCAAUCAAUGUCAUUAAAACAAAUAAGAAGAAUUUAAAAAACAAAUGGCGCGUGAACAUCUUCUACUUGUUGGGUGGGGGAGGGGGCGGGGGGGGGAUGGAAUAGAGAAAAGCUCCGGGACAUCCCAAUUUUUUUUGGAAGAAUUACAUUUAUAACACCCCGGAUACCCAUACGACGAACAGAACAAAAAACACUGAUUUUAAAAAAAAUGUUGUAAACAAAUUUAAAAUGUCGUAAAACAAGAAUGAGUGCGUUGAAUUAUGAAUUUCAUAGUGUAAAAAAGGGGGUCGGUAGACAACACACGACUUUUACCUCAUGCCAAAAUGCUGCUUGUUCCAAUAACGUUUUCUUUUUCUCUGACGGGUAGAUUAUGCUCUGGAGCAAAACGUUUUGACUGAUCAAAUGUGAUUUUAGCCGCUUAUUUCAAACUGAGAGGUCGUGACACGCAUAUUGAUUUUCUGCGGUCAUUGUUUCUGGUCGGCAUGAUUUGCCCUCUGAUGCAAGAGCUUUUUUUCUUUGACCUCUUCUGAAAUGUAGAGUUCUUCAUUGCGGCUAAUAAAGGGUUUUAGUUUGCUAAAUUUCUCCAAAGUGCCUCCUGGAUCUGAAUAAUUAUAAGCGAUUUUCUUUUUGUCCGUGAAUGUGACGGUUACCUGCAAUGAGUUGUCACGCUGGGCCCAGCUCGUUAGCGUUUUCAGGAUGUUUAGUGAUUUACAGAUCCAAAUCUCGAAGAAUGGGUUGUAGCUUAAACUGAGGCUACAUCAACUAUGGAGAGUUGCGAUGUGACUCAGUCAUGAUUACUCUAAAACAAUGAAUUUUUAACUCCAGAUUUUUUUCUAUUAAUGUGAGUCUUUGGACUGGAGCGCGUAGUUCCUCCCUUGAUCAUAACUUGAGGUUCGUGUGGAGAACCGAAACCAUGGUCUUGCCUGAUCACAAAGUGGCAAUAACAGAACAGUCGCAAGACUGUUAAGCUUAUUCGAAAGUUAUCAUCAAGGGAGGAACUACGCGCUCCAGUGCACACUAGGGAAAAAGAUGUGUACAAAAUUAGUUUCGCCACAUGACUUCCUAUUAUCCCACUGCCGCCAUCAAAACAAAAGCUCGGAACCGGACAGCUAAAGUUAACGAACUGGAAGAAAAAUUACACAACUGUACCAAAACGUGUGACAACGAUCCAUCGAGACGAAAUGUUGAAGAUUUGGAAUGCUUACAGGCAGAAGAAGACCAACUGUACAGGGUGUCCCAGAAGUUCGUUCCUCUAAUUUCAUGCGCUAUAACCUUUUGAUCAAAACUUCAUUUUUACAUGAAAUUUCUAAAUAUGUUUCUUACUCUAUCGAGUACUUGUGUUCAGAAGUUCAGUUACCGGCAUCUCCCCUUUGUUUUUUUAUCACACUCGGUAGCCGCUGCAGCAUUAAGUGAGAUAAGCCAUGUAGCAUGUAGAGCCCUAGAUGAUUCGUUUUCAGCUUUUUUAUCACCUAGUAUGUAGGAGUCACUUCGACCCCCAAACAAUAUAAUUUUUUAGAUUAGGCAGCUGAAACAAUAUAGUUUGGGCAUCGAUCCAAGAAAAGAUGAUCAUUCCGUCCCCUUUCCACAGUAAGGCUUUUGUUCUUCUUUGCAGAUUUGAGACUAGCUGAACGUUGUUUGGCGGACGGCCCUGGCCGGGAGGAAAGUUUUUUUUUUUGCCAUCUUAGGGGCCUCCAAACUUUGCUUUUCAUGAACCUGCUCCAGACUUAACUUGCUAACUGUUGUAAGAGCUACCUCGUUAGGUUUCCUGUUUUGUACAUGGCCUUCUUUAAAACUAUUUUAGCGGUUUUAGGCAGGACUUUCGGUCUUACCCCUCGUUUCUUGUCUGUAAAACCUUCAUUUCUCCAUGACCAUCUUACCACCCAACAUUCGGAUUUUUCCAUUUUUUUAGGAAUUUGUUUUACUGAUAAGCCAGUACAUAGAAAUACAUGCUUCUGCUUGCACGUAGCUGAGUGUUUUUUUCGUUGAGAGGGCUUAAUCUUUCAGGAUAUUCACACAAAACAAACCAGGAGUUCGAGCAUUUCGGGCGACAAAAUGCAAAAAAUAUAUGGCGGGAAAAUUUACUCGGGCAGCGCACCUUUGGCGCGAAAUUACACAAAUCGAAUUUCGAGUCAAAAGAUGGCACAAGAAGUAUGAAAUGUUAAAUUAGAUUGAAAGUCACAACUUUGGUUUAAAUUAUGUGCUGAUCAAGUUCAAUCGUACUGCGUUACAGACUUAUAAAGUAGAGGAACGAACUUUUGGGACACCCUAUAUGAUUGCAUUACUCAAGGAGCUAUUUUUCGUUCUCGUGCAACGUGGUACGAAAAAGGUGAAAAGAACAACAAAUAUUUUUUGAAUGUGGAAAAAUCAAAUAAAAAUAAAAGUUGUAUGCGGAAAAUUUUAAAAAGCGACGGAACAAUAGCAGUUGACCGAAAAACAAUUAUGAGUGAAUUAGAAUUCUUUUACUCCAAUCUUUACAAAGAGAAUAAUAGUCAUUCAUCAUCAUUUCUAUAUGACUUAAAGGAAGUUCCUACCUUUACUGAAGAGUUGCGAAUGGUAUGUGAAGGAAAGAUAGAAUACAAUGAAUGUUUUAAUGUUUUACAAUCCUUUCCAAAAAAUAAAACGCUUGGGAACGAUGGACUAACAAUAGAAUUCUAUGUGGCUUUUCGGUCUUUGAUUGGGAAACCUCUAGUAGACUCACCAAUUACUCUUAUGAGUUUGGAGAACUUUCAAACUCACAGAAACAGGCUAUAAUCACAUUAAUUGAAAAAAAAGGAAGAGAUAAACUUGUAAUUAUCAAUUGCCGGCCUAUAUCGCUAAUCAACGUCGAUGCGAAAAUUAUUUCUAAAGUUUUAGCGAGGCGCCUGGAAAAAAUUUAAUACAUCCCAAUCAGAAUGCAUUUGUUAAAGGUAGGUCCAUAUUCGAUGCAAUUAGAACGAUUGAUGAUAUUGUAGAUUACACCAAACGGAAGAGUUGGUCGGGAUUUUUGAUCGCAAUUGACUUUGAAAAAGCCUUCGAUACACUAGACUUUCAAUUUCUAAUCAGAAUAUCACACAUUUUUAAUUUUUGCCCAUCUUUUAUUCAGUGGAUGCGUGUUCUGUACAAAAAUGCAUCCAGCUGUGUAAUGAACAAUGGAUUUACAACUGGUCCUUUUUAACUAGGUAGAGGUGUCAGACAGGGGGAUCCACUCUCCCCUUACCUCUUCAUACUAGCGCUUGAGACCAUAGCUAUAAAAAUAAGAGAGGACUGAAAUGUACAAGGGCUUAAAAUUGGAGAAGAAAUGAUUAAACUGUCUCUAUUUGCAGAUGAUACGACCUCUGUCAUAAAGGACAAAACAUGUUAUACAAAUCUGUUUCGUGUUCUCAACUCUUUUGGAGAGUGUUCCGGCGAAUGAUGAAAAAACAGAAAUCAUGCCUUUAGGAGAUAAUAUCCUACAGGAGAAAGACUUCCCAACUCAUAGUAUUGGUGAAGUCAUAAAAAUCUUGGGGAUAUAUUUGGGUUAUGUUGGACAUUCAAUCUAUGAUUUGCGCAAGAUGAGUAAGAUGUUUAAAGAAAUUAUUGGAAGAUUACUCAAGUCCUUGGAAAACAAUCCUAGACAAACUUCUGUUCUUACCAAUCGGAGGACGUUUUGUAUUGCACUGCAACUUUCAAACUACCUACCAGCAUAUUAUAAGGAAUGCUUCGAUGCUUGGUCGGAGGUUAAUGGGAAAACUCCAAGUUGUUACGAAGAAAUCAUUAACGAAAUAUCUGGAACAACAAAUUUUUUUGUUAUGACCAAAAUAUCGAUGUACAGAGGAGAUAUAGUAAACUUAGGCUUCGUGAAGAUAAGGGAUUUAAUGUCUGCGAACAACUCCUUCUCGUGUGGCUUCUCCUCACUUACAAACUCCGAACAGAGAUUUUUUCUUAUGAGUGUUAUAAAUUCGAUUCCCGCAGAAUGGCGCUCACUUAUUAAAGCAUCUACAAACGUAACAUCAGCCAACCCCAUACCAAUUACCCCAACUAUUAAGAUGGCAAGCGGUAAUGUAGUGCCAAUCCUUGAUAUCUCUCCAAAACAGAUCUAUCUAAUCUUUCUACAGCAAAAGCAAAUUACGCCCACCGCAAAACAGAAAUUAUGAAACAAGUACUCAAAUAUAGAUAUUGAUUGGGAAAAGGUUUACACUUUGGCCUUUCAAUGCACUUUAGACACAAAGAUCAGGGAAUUUCAUUACAAAAUUUUGAAUUGCUUAAUCUUUACAAACGUGAAACUUAAUUUCAUUGGUGUAGUGGAAUCGCCAAACUGCACUUUCUGUCAAGAAGCAGCGGAAUCCGUCCAGCAUUUACUCUUCUCCUGCAGGAUAUCUUCUGAAUUUUGGAAACAUGUCCUGUCCUGGCUAAGAGAUAAUGAUGUUCAUGUUGAGACAAUUAAUGAGUCAGAUGUGAUAUUUGGAAAGUUCGAUAUUGUAGAAGACUAUAUUCUAAUUAAUCAUAUUUUGUUAUUAAGUAAAUAUUAUAUCUACUGUAGGAAAUGUCAUAAUGGCGUACCUUAAUUAGAGGUUUUAUUGCUAGGGCAAGACGUGUUUUCAAUAUCGAGCUCCAUAUCGCCAGGGAGAAAAAUAAACUUCUUUUUCAUUUUCCAAACUGGGAGAAGCUAACUAAUGCACUUAAUAGUUGUUGGUGCACAGAGGUUCGUAAAAAUGCCACUCUCUUCCUUAGCAGGCAUCUAUAUUGUUGUCGUCGUUGUUGUAAUAUAUAUAUAUUUAGUAUAUACUAAAACAGUGGAUAGUGUUUUUCGCGCGCUCUGAUUGGCUACUCAAUCAGUGAAUAUCCUGCACUAUUCACUGAUUCACCUCCAGUUCCUCCGAGCAAAAUGCCUUCCCGGUUUGCUGCCGUAAACAAACAAAGAAAUUUCACAACUAAUCAAGCAAGCUGUUUCCGAAAUACACGAAGAAGGUGACGAAGUUCGGAUUGGAAGUUUUAACAGGUAAAGCUUUGUCUUUUUGACACGAAUUUAUCGAUAAAACCGGUGAAAAAGUUUUUUGUUUACAAAUGCAAAUUAAGUUUAAGUCUUUUUCGGAACCAGGUGAUCACUCUGAGCCUCUUUUUAAGAAAUUAAACAUUCUUAAAUUAACUGAUCUUGUUACCCUUCACAAUGCACUCCUCAUGUAUAAUUAUCACCAUAAUCUUCUUCCAUCUUCCUUUGAAAAUUUCUUUAAAACGGUAGCAUCCAUACACUCAUACAAUACCAGGCUUGCUUCUAAAUCAACCGAUUACCUCAAUACUAUCAAAACAAACUAUGGUAAAUUCAACUUUCGCUUCGCGGCUGUAAAAGUUUGGAAUAACCUUGAUGAAAGCAUUAAACACCUCCCCCUUAAAUUCUUUAAAAACAAAGUCAUGUCAAACAUCUUACAGUCUUACUGUUCGCGAGUCUUUUUUUUUUUUUUUUCUCCUUUUUCUUUUUUUUUUCUUUUAUCUAUUUACUAAUUCCUUGUUUUUUCUAGCUUUAGUGCCAACCUACCUCCUAUGCCUGAACAUUAUUAAGCUUUACUCAGCUCGAUUAGCUUUUUAGUUAUUCUGAGUAAAUGUUACCUUUUUUUGUAUUAAUAUAUUAUAUUGUAUAAAAUUAAGUUAACUUUUAUUUGGUAAUAAAGCUUAUGUUGUUGUUGUUGUUGUUGUUGUUGUUGUUGUUGUCUUGCGUUACUUUAUUUAGUUGAGUUGUUCAUAAAUAAGCUUAAAACUAAAUGUAACAAUCUUUUUUUAUAGAAUGAUUUUAAAUACAAAAAGAAUUCACAAAUUUCCCCGCAAGAGCUAAACAAAUGCCUUCAAAAGUUUUAAUUGUCGACUGGAAAAAGCGACGGCCGCGGCCGCCCGGUCAUUACGCGCCAAAAUUGUAAUCGUUGGCAACAGUAUUUGAGUUAAAAAUAAUCAUUUUUGUGCUCAAUUAUCUCACUGUUUUAGUAUAUACUAAAACAAUUAUUCACUGAAGUGUCGGUGGCUAGUCGUGGAUAUUUACUUCACUGCUUCGCAGUUCGGUAAAUAUCCCCCCGACUAGCCACCUCCGCUUCGGUGAAUAAUUGUUAUAUAUUUAACAAUUAUUCCUCGAGCCCGAAUGGGCUCUUGUUUUAGUAAAAUCCAACCAGUUUGGUAAAAAAUAUCUAGAAUAAAAAACUUCUAGCCAGUUAAAGCUAGACUUUAAUCCCUUUUUGCCGCCAAAAAGCCCGCGCUUUUCGUUACUAGUGGGCUAUAACAUAUAGCCUAGUAGUAGCUCAACCAAUCAGAACGCAGCAUUGAUAAUAGACCACUAGUUGGAUUUUACUAAAUUUAUAUAUAUAUAUAUAUAUUUUUUUUUUUUUCGUUGUUAUUGUUAUCCCUUUUCUUUUUUCUUUUAGGUUAGUAUUUAUUUCAGUGAAAUAGUAUAAUUUAAUUUAUUUAAUUAAUAUUUAUUCUUAAAUAACAUUGUGAAACUUGUAUUUAAUUUAAUUCAAUAAAAACUGCUUAAAAGAAAAAGAAGGAGAAGAGAACUGAUAAACUGAACUGAAUUCAAGUAUAAACCGAACUGUCAUAUAGCAAAUCGGAUUAGUUUUAAGUUACGGUUGAUUGUAAAAAUUACGAGUCCUUUAGUAGGACUACCAAAUUAGGGCUAGGACUACCAAAUAAAGUAAUGAACACGUGCGAGAAAGAUAGAACUGGACGAGACGAAAAAGAGAGCGAGUUUUCCUUGAAGAGUUUUUCAUCGAGUAUUGUGAUUUAUUGUGAGUUCUUUCCGAGAGAAUAAAAGAGGAAACCGUGUUCUCGUGAGUUGUUACUGUGAGUUCUAUGGGCUGUUUUAUUUUUCAGCUCAGUUGAUUUUAGUUUUUGCAAUCGAUCGCCCGCUACAUCAACACACACACAUGUGCGUAGGUUGGAGGCUUAUUUAAAAAACAAAUUCCUUAAAAUUUUACAAGAAGGAAAAAAUAUAAAUACGUUAUUUGCUGGUCCGCCAGGGAGGAUUCAGAUGAAGGAAUAUCCUAGAUAGGUCCUCGUAAACGGCUUUUGUUUCUCAAAAUUCCCCCACUAUCCCGUAGAUAAAUGUUUCUAAAUGUAAUUUAGGCGAGGUUAAAAACGAGACAAUGCUGGCCAGCGGUCUCCACCACUAAUCGUAUGUGGGGCGGUCUUGGGGUUUAGCAGGGCCUUAGUGAUUUUACAGCGCUUUUGCAGAAGUCAAUCGUUUUGCUCACGUUGCCUUUGCGUGCAGGAGUUCUAGUUUUGUUUUGCCCCCAACCCUCCCUCCUGUCUGGAUGUUUUUCUUGCUAAGUAUCUGCGCCUUUUUUCACUGAGAUUCUCAGUGAUGGUGCCUGGUGGGUGCCGCUCACAGCGUUGUCGUGGUUAUCUUCGAGGCUUGCUUGCGGCCCCCUUGUGUUUCAUCAGGCACCUUCACCACACCCGUCUAUUGUUGAUGGGUUUAAAUUGGAUUUGUAUGCGCGUGCAAACUUGCGUAGGAGGUCAUCACCUUGUCGAUAUUUGGCAGGCACACUGUCCCUCUCCGUUCUCUCUCCAUUCUCCCACUCGUUCUCUAAGGGACAGUGAAGCCUGCGAAGGAGGCUAGUAUGGCAAGCCGUUUGUAGCAGUCAAGUCAAAAAUUUAUACAAUCCAAUCAUUUUAACAUAAUAAAUAAAGAAUAAAAAAAGCAUUUAAUUUAAUCUUUAAAAAAUUCAUUCAAUCCAAUCAUUGAAAUAUUUUUCAAUCCCAUCACCGAAAUAUUUAUUCAAUCCAAUCACUGAAAUAUUUAUUCGAUCCAAAAACGGAAACAUAUGUUUAAUCCAUUCAUGGCCAUAUUUAUUCAAUCCAUUGGAGAACACGUUCAAUCCUCCAGGUGUUUCAUUUAAUCCUCCUGGGGCGAGCGCGGCCAACCCGAGUCGUAACAUAUAUGGCUUCAUCUUUUUUUUGUUAACGUUGCCCAUUUUUGCCUCGCUGGAAAGGGAGGGGAAGGGGAGUAGAAAAUGUUACAAUCUGCCUUGUACUUUUCUUACAUGCAUCUUUAAAGUAAAUUCAUAUUUGGAUGGUACUCUUUACUUAUUAAUCAGGCUGGCGAUAUUCAUAUUGUUUUUCAUAGAGAGCGCGUCUGAAACGUCGGCCACUGAUCCUCCUCAAGUCAUUGCUCGUCAGAUAAGGAAUAGAGAUCUUCCUGCAAAGUCAAAGCCUUUUGGUGAUUGCCAAAUCCAAGUCGACAUUUUGUUACUGACGGUGAUGAAGGAAGAUACCUGCGAGGAUUGUGAAUUUCUAAGCUGUCUUGCAUAUCUGAAUCCUGAUUUCUGUAAGAUUUAUCACCCAGAUCUUGGCUACGUGUACCUCGGAGAUAUGGGAGAAGAUGACUUGAAACUAAACGUUGCUGUUAUGAAGUGCUACGAGGGUUCCAGCUCUACGGGAGGUUCUAUAGUUGUUGUAAUUAACGCUGUCAAGGUCUUGAAGCCGAAAGCAGUGUUUUGUGUGGGUUCUUGCAGUGGCCUAAAUGUCACCAAAGUUAGUCUUGGCGACGUAGUAGUUUUGAAGAAGUUAGUAACAUACGCUUUUUCAAAAGUUACGGAGAACGGUAUUGAAGAACUUGGAGUCAAAGUUCCAUUAAAGCCUCGUCUUUCGACAUUGAUUCUAAGUGCUGGCGAAGGUUGGAAGCCACCUUUGAAAGAUCCAGGAACACUCGAGGUAAGGAUACAUCGCGGCACGUUUCUGAGUGGACCAGAAGUGAUAAAUAACCAGAAGCGGUGUAACGCACUCAUCGAACGAUUUCCAGAAGCAGUAGCUAUAGAACGAGAAGGUGAAGGUAAGUUUCUUGGCCAGUUGCUGUGUUAACAGAGUGUUCAUAAAUUCAAUUCAAUUCUAUUGUAAUAGAGCAUUAUUUUAGGGGAGACCUCUCCGAAUCAGAUUUAAAUGUGAAUCCACAAGAUUAUAAACUGACGUUUUCAUUACACAGUUACCGCCAGAUUGAACUCGGCGUUUGUUUGAGUUUGCAGUUUUUGAGCGCCUGUUGGUUUUAAGAAAGGCGGAGUUGUUUUUUAUUCCUUUUCUUGUCAGCGGGCUAUUUUGCCUCUAUAUCUUAGGUUAUUGUAUGCCACACAAAAAGGUCAUUGCCCUCUGCAUAUCGAUGCUUUAAAAUCAAGUUGAAAGUGAUAAUUAUCAAGUCUUGUUGACUGUCUCUCUCCUUGACCUGGUUCUUUCCACCGGCGUCUGUAUUAGUCAACUAUUAACUCCACUUCUCUUACUCUUCAUUUCCCACAAAUCUCCUUUUCAGGUGUGUAUGCAGCAGCGCAUAACCUGGAUAUUGAGUGGGUAGUUAUUAAAGGAAUUUCAGGCUACGCUGAUGGGAGAAAAGUUAAGGAUUC